AUGCUGACCACAAAUCUACUUCCUGAUACAAACUUUAAACCAGGGGUGGAGAACUGCAGCAAGUUCUCCACCCCUAUAUUUUACAUGUAUAGAUUUUUGUAACCAAGUUAAUGUUUGUUUUUUUUAAGUUUUUGCAUAAAUUGUUUUACUAUAUAUUUAGAAAUAGGUCAAUUCAAGCCUGGGGUGUCUCUUCAAUCCUACUUUAAUAACUCCAUCAUAGACGUCUCAAACAUUCUUUAAAUCAAAGCUGCAUUUGUAUUGCAGCACCCGCUUAGCUCCCCAGGUGUCACUGUUGACAGAUUUUUUUUUUUUUUCCACCAGCACCGGAAUGCCUCUAAGCAUUGCUCCUUUGGUUAUUUACCCCAUAUGGUGCCUGUAUCUCACUGAAUUCCCAAGGCAGGCUUUACUGACAACUCAAAGUCAUGGUACCGACUGUCACAGUAAUCUGAAAACUCCUUAAUUAGCCCCCCUGCAUUGCAUGGUAUUGUGGCUGCUACUCCUAAUGAACCUCUUUGUUAUUUAGCCAUGUUGCUGCAGCAUAGCAGUGACUCUUACAUACAGUUGUGCUCAAAAGUUUGCAUACCUCCUGGAGAGGAGACUUAGUAAUAUAUGUAUUCUGAAUACAUGAGUGAGCAGGCACAACACAUUUCUUUUAUUUCCUAUGGGAUUCAUGUUCAACUUUAGGUUAUAACAGAAUGGCACAAUCAUAAGAAAAUAAUGAAAUGACCUCUUCAAAAGUCUGCAUCCCCUUAGUUCUUAAUACUGUGUAUUGCCUCCUUUAGCAUCAAUGACCACAUGCAGCCUUUUGUGAGAGUUGUUAGGAUGAUUCUAAUUCUUGCAGGUGGUAUAGCUGCUUAUUCGUCUUGGCAAAAUGCCUCCAGGUCAUGUAAAGUCUUUGGUCGUCUUACAUGAACUGCAUGUUUGAGAUCUGUGAUGGCCACUCUAGAACCUUCACCUUUUUCUGCUGUAACCACUGGAGGGUCAACUUGGUCUUGUGAUUAGGGUUGUUGUCAUGCUGGAAAAUCCAAGAGCAUCCUUCGGGCAGCCUUCGUGCAGAGGAAUGCAAAUUGUCUGCCAGUAUUUUCUGAUAACCGGCUGUACUCAUCUUGCCAUCAAUUUUCACAAGAUCCCCGUGUUUGUCCUGUCUCCCCCAAACAUCAUAUACUUCACAGUGGGGAUGGUAUUUUUAUCACUAUAGGCCUUGUUGACACCUCUCCAAACAUAAUGUUUAUGGUUGUGAUCAUAAAGCUCUAUUUUGGUCUUGUCAGUCCUAAUUACAGUGUGUCAGAAGCUGUGAGCCAUGUCAAGGUGUUGUCAGGCACAUUGUAACAAUUCUUUCUGGCAACUCAACCAUGAUUGUGCUCAUUGAAACAACCACACAGUCUUUUUCCAGAGCAGCCUGUAUUUUUCCAGAGGUUACCUGUUCGUUUUUCAUUGCAUCCCGAACAAUUCUUCUGGCAUUUGUGGCUGAAAUCUUUCUUGGUCUGCCUGACCUUGGCUUGGUAUCAAGAGAUCCCUGAAUUUUCCACUUCUUAAGUGAUUGGCUGGCAUUUUUCAAGGCUUUGGAUAGCUUUUUUUUUGUGUUUCCUUCUUUUUCAAUUGACCAUUUUUAUUAGUUUUAAAAAUAGGAUGCAGAAAAGAAAAGGGGAGGUGGUGUGCAAAAAAAUGUACAAUUCAGCAUUAUCAGUGUAAUAUUACAUCAUGGGAGUGUCACACUAAGGUACAUUACACCAUUUCUAACCAAUAUUUGCUUGUUAGCUUUAGUUCCCAUAUAACCACAUUCUCCGUUGUCCCCUCCUGAGCCUGUUGAGGUAUUCAACCCGUUGGGGUAUUCUAAGUGAGCGAAGUAGUUUUUCCAAGUAUCCUGUUUCUUCCCGGUAGGUAUGCUUCAUUCACAAUACAUUAGAUAAGGUCACACGGUUCCCAUCUAUAGUGAUAUAUCAUAAGCUGUACAAAGAGAUGAUCUCUGUUACAAAUGUCAAUAAGACUUAGUGGGUUCUGUGUAGGCUGAGAGUUGUUACCCUAGUAGUGUUUGAUGAUGUACCUGGGUCAUUAUCUUCGUGUUUUGGGAAUCAACUCGUGAGUGUGUGGACUUCUGCCUAUGUAUGCAACAUCCCCCUAACUCGAUUUAGAUACCUGGCCUCACGGCAAGUCUGUACAUAAACAUAAGAUACAAACAUAAAAGCAAUAUAUUAAGAUAUUGGCUGUAUGUAGUCGCAUUUAGUAUGACUGUGCUCUAUUUACCGAAUAUUGUAGAUAUCUUUUGUGACAAACUGAGCUGCGUCAUUUGUUCUUGGAGGGGCCUGCUGGCCAGCCUCUUACCAAAAGACUAUGGGCCCUUAAAAAAAAAAACAAAAAAAAAAAACUAUGUGAACAGACUUGGUUCGUGGGAUUUUAUAUUUGGUUCGAGAACCGAACAGCCGCAUGAACCAAAGGCCACCCUGGAGCUUGUUAAGCCUAAUUGUUACUUUGUAGCAAUUUCCAAGUGUUCGUCUGGGUGACCGCAAUGCCUAUGGACGACCACGAGGUGGCGGCCAUCUUGUUCACAUGAACGCAGGUGUUUGGGCAUGAAUCUCAUGGAACUGAAAACUGACUCAGAAACUCCCGAACACCGCUGGACUUCCAGCAUUGCCUGCGUUUCGGUUCUACAACACUUAGAAAGGCGCUGUUCGGUGGAAACGUUCCCACGAACAAAGGGGAACAAGCUCCAGACUAUUGACUCUGUUCAGUAAUUUGUUAGUUUUUUAAAACUACCGAACUAGACCAACUGCAAGCCCUGAUUCUCUGGAACGGUUUUGGGCAUUGACUUCCUGGAAAAUCUUGAACCUCUGAACUGAUCUGGGUGAUUUUUGGAUAUGUUGGUCACCCAGAUCAGGGCUAUCAGGGGAUCUAACAUUUGUGGUGAUUUUGUGUUUUAAGGUAUUUGUUUUGUUUUUUGUAAAAAUGUGUGGGGUUUUUUGUGCAUGGAGAUAAUGGAGUUUAAUACAGUCCUUGACGCAAUUAUCUCCCAGGCAUAGGGGAGGGAUUGACCUGUUUUGUGUGGGAGUGUCCUUGGACCUGAGAGUCAAUGUAAUGUUUUUACUGUAGUCUACGCUCAGGUCCCGGGGGGGUGGGGGGGUGUGCCCCUUGCAUGGGGACCCGCAUAUAAAGGCCAGUUGUGGCUGCCAUAAAAAAAAAUGUUGUUUUACCCUUCAUGUAGUCUAGGCUCAUGUUUGGGGAUUGGAGAGCUAUAUUCACUAUACUUCCUUGGAUCACAAUGAUUGCUCUUGUAAGAGCAGCCUGCUUCACUCUCUGGACUAGGAGAGGUCUACCCACUGGAAGAUGGAUCCUGGUCUAGGGUGGGUGGAGGACAGCGAGACUCCAACCAAGCUGCGGCAGUUUGUGGGGUUUACGGUUGUUAUGGUGUCAUGUGCAAUGCUUUUGGUACUCUGUGAUUACUAGGAAGCAGCGAUUGACGCAGGAACCUGGUCGGUGUGCCAGGCGGUCAGUCACAUCUUUUAUAUCCUUUUUGAUCUUUAUAAAGUAUCAUUACCUUGUUACGCAGGUAUUCUGACAGUUCUUUUCUGUUCCCAAUGGCUCAGUAUCUAGCCUGCUCAGUGCAUCCACAUGAGAGCUAACAAACGCAUUGACUAUUAAUAUACAGACACUAAUUGCAAUUUAAAAAGCCACAGGUGUGAGAAAUUAACCUUUAAUUGCCAUUUCAACCUGUGUGUCACCUUGUGUGUCUGUAACAAGGCCAAACAUUCAAGGGUAUGUAAACUUUUGAUCAGGACCAUUUGGGUAAUUUAUUAUGAUUUUAAAAAUCAUAUUUUCAAAAUCAAUGACAUUUCAUAAUUUCUGUCACUGUAUGGAAAAAUUUGAGCACAACUGUACAUGUGUUUGCCUGUCUGAAAAUGAAAAGACUAAAUUUAAUAUUUACUGCACCUCAUUUUAAGUCUGAAAACAGGAGCUUAUGAUUAUUUCCUAUCUGAAAAUAGAGACCACUGUGUCCAUAGACUGUUAUUAACCCACCACAUGCUGCACAUUAAUAAGGGGGUGGGGAGGAACAAUGGGUCUUGGUACCAUCAAUAUUUGUUUAUUAUUUAACCUGCAUUUUGCAGCCUAUGGCUAUCCACGUGCACUGAAUUCCAAUCUAGAUUGUAAGCUCACACGUCUCCUACUGUAUGUUUGUCACAUUUUGUUUUGUCUCUUAUACUUUAUACUAAUUGUUCCCAUGGACAGCGCUGCGGAAGGUGCUGGCGCUUUAUAAAUAAAGUUAUAAUAAACCUGAUUUAUUAACCCCCCCCCUCCCCCCACCCCAAUCACACUGGGAGUUAUGGGACCAGUCACCCCAAUCUUUAGACUUAUUUCACAGCCUGAGGGAUAGGGGCUCUGGGGAGUGCUAUGAAUGGCACAGACUGAAGGGCAGCAUUUUAUUACCACCCUACUAAAGAAGGAGUUUAUAUGUGACCAUGAAAGCAGCUAGAAAUGUUUAAUAGUUUAAAAUGCAAUCAAAUCAAAUGAUCCUUCCUUUAACUGGAAAUGGGAGAAGAUAUCGCUUUGUGUUUGGUUUAAACCAAAACUGUCUGAGUAGGCGUUUUAGAAAACCCAAAACACAGCAAGAUACUCUCCAUUUGUGUGUUCUGUCAUUCAAGCCUACGGCCUGGCAGGAAAGGGGUUAACCAAGCAUUUCCCUUUAAGCUUCUGGACAGCUUCCUCUAGAUUAGGCAGGAGAGAGAUCGGUGCUUGCAAUACCGUGACAUCGCAGGCAGUGCAUGACAAUCCGAAUCGUAUUGUGCUACCAGACAGGUAAGGAAGCCCCCCAUCUUUUAUAACUCAUACAGGGACUAGCUCAACUGAUCUAACUGGAAACUGACCCUCGUUACUAAAAGUCUUUUAUCUGUUUGCCUCUGUGAUCAGAGCUCUCUUUAAGAGACUUUAAAAGAUGCUUCAUAUAGAAUGGCAGCAAUUUUAACACAGCUCUCUGUUAGUGGCUGCAAACUCUCAGGAUUACCCACAUUAAAGUGUCAGCUGUCAGGAAUUCAACAUGUGUUCAAAGCAUUUUAUUCACUUUGUAUUGUAAAAUUCAGGCCAAAAUAGCCAACUGUGAUUAUACAUCAGUUGGAGAAUUUCCAAAUUUGCACUUUUUUGACAUUUCACAAUUCACUUUUUAAUUUACUGGAAAACAGAAUUUAGUGAAAAAACUCCAGCAAUUCAUGAAUAAUCCUGACACAGUUUUUGAGGUGAGUUAGAAUUGUUGGAUUCCUCUUAGCCUGCCACUACAGAGUGGGAUAAUCAAUCACUUACUGUCAAAUAUCUUCAAUAUAGGUAGUCCCUGCUGGAACAGAUUUGGAUCAUCCCUAAAUCCUGCACAACUGAAACUUGAAUACAUUUUAUAUACAUCCCAUGUAAUAUCAAUUUACUGAUUUUCUUUACAAGGGGGGGAAGAAGGGUCUUUAAAUAGUUAUGUCCUGUAGAAAGUGGUAGAGUUAUUGAUAAAUCUAUAGGGGCAGCAAUACACACCGCGUGGGUCUAAUAUAUGUAUCAAAUAAAUCUAUAGGGGCAACAAUACACCCAGCGAGGGUCUUCUCUAUGUAUCCAUUAAAUCUAUAGGGCCAACAAUACACCCAGUGUGGCUCUAAUCUCUGUAUCCAAUAAAUCUAUAGGGGCAGCAAUACACCCAGCGUGGGUCUAAUCUAUGUAUCCAAUAAAUCUAUAGGGGCAGCAAUACACCCAGCGAGGGUCUACUCUAUGUAUCCAUUAAAUCUAUAGGGCCAACAAUACACCCAGCGUGGCUCUAAUCUCUGUAUCCAAUAAAUCUAUAGGGGCAGCAAUACACCCAGCGUGGGUCUAAUCUAUGUAUCCAAUAAAUCUAUAGGGGCAGCAAUACACCCAGCGUGGGUCUAAUCUAUGUAUCCAAUAAAUCUAUAGGGGCAGCAAUACACCCAGCGUGGGUCUAAUCUAUGUAUCCAAUAAAUCUAUAGGGGCAGCAAUACACCCAGCGUGGGUCUAAUCUAUGUAUCCAAUAAAUCUAUAGGGGCAGCAAUGCACCCAGCGUGGGUCUGAUCUAUGUAUCCAAUAAAUCUAUAGGGGCAGCAAAACACCCAGCAUGGGUCUAAUCUAUGUAUCAAAUAAAUCUAUAGGAGAAGCAAUACACCCAGCGUGGGUUUACUCUAUGUAUCAAAAAAAUAUAAGGGCAGAAAAACACCCAGCGAGGGUCCAAUCUAUGUAUCCAAUAAAUCUAUAGGGGAAGCAAUACACCCAGCGUGGGUCUAAUCUAUGUAUCCAAUAAAUCUAUAGGGGCAGCAAUACACCCAGCAUGGGUCUGAAUCUAUGUAUCCAAUAAAUCUAUAGGGGCAGCAAUACACCCAGCGUGGCUCUAAUCUAUGUAUCCAAUAAAUCUAUAGGGGCAGCAAUACACCCAGCGUGGCUCUGAUCUAUGUAUCCAAUAAAUCUAUAGGGGCAGCAAUACACCCAGCGUGGCUCUGAUCUAUGUAUCCAAUAAAUCUAUAGGGGCAGCAAUACACCCAGCGUGGCUCUGAUCUAUGUAUCCAAUAAAUCUAUAGGGGCAGCAAUACACCCAGCGUGGCUCUAAUCUAUGUAUCCAAUAAAUCUAUAGGGGCAGCAAUACACCCAGCGUGGGUCUAAUCUAUGUAUCCAAUAAAUCUAUAGGGGCAGCAAUACACCCAGCGUGGGUCUAAUCUAUGUAUCCAAUAAAUCUAUAGGGGCAGCAAUACACCCAGCGUGGGUCUAAUCUAUGUAUCCAAUAAAUCUAUAGGGGCAGCAAUACACCCAGCGUGGCUCUGAUCUAUGUAUCCAAUAAAUCUAUAGGGGCAGCAAUACACCCAGCGUGGCUCUGAUCUAUGUAUCCAAUAAAUCUAUAGGGGCAGCAAUACACCCAGCGUGGCUCUGAUCUAUGUAUCCAAUAAAUCUAUAGGGGCAGCAAUACACCCAGCGUGGGUCUAAUCUAUGUAUCCAAUAAAUCUAUAGGGGCAGCAAUACACCCAGCGUGGGUCUAAUCUAUGUAUCCAAUAAAUCUAUAGGGGCAGCAAUACACCCAGAGUGGGUUUAAUCUAUGUAUCCAAUAAAUCUAUAGGGGCAGCAAUACACCCAGCGUGGGUCUAAUCUAUGUAUCCAAUAAAUCUAUAGGGGCAGCAAUACACCCAGCGUGGCUCUGAUCUAUGUAUCCAAUAAAUCUAUAGGGGCAGCAAUACACCCAGCGUGGGUCUGAUCUAUGUAUCCAAUAAAUCUAUAGGGGCAGCAAAACACCCAGCGUGGGUCUGAUCUAUGUAUCCAAUAAAUCUAUAGGGGCAGCAAUACACCCAGCGUGGCUCUGAUCUAUGUAUCCAAUAAAUCUAUAGGGGCAGCAAUACACCCAGCGUGGCUCUGAUCUAUGUAUCCAAUAAAUCUAUAGGGGCAGCAAUACACCCAGCGUGGGUCUAAUCUAUGUAUCCAAUAAAUCUGGGGGCGACUACCCAGCGUGGCUCUGAUCUAUGUAUCCAAUAAAUAAAGGGGCAGCAAUACACCCAUUAGCUCUAGUCUAUGUAUCCAAUAAAUCUAUAGGGGCAGCUUAAUACACCCAGCGUGGAGUCUAAUCUAUAUACAUCAAUAAAUCUAUAGGGGCAGCAAUACGGCGUGGGUCUAAUCUAUGUAUCCAAUAAAUCUAUAGGGGCAGCAAUACCACUUGGCCCGUGGGUCUAAUCUAUGUAUCCAAUAAAUCUAUAGGGGCAGCAAUACCCAGCGUGGCUGAUCUAUGUAGCCAAUAUUAAAAUCUAUAGGGGCAACAAUACACCCAGCGUGGCUCUGAUCUAUGUAUCCAACCAAAUCUAUAGGGGCAGCAAUACACUGGCUGGCGUGGCUCUGAUCUAUGUAUCCAAUAAAUCUAUAGGGCAGCAAUACCCAGCGUGGCUCUGAUCUAUGUAUCCAAUAAAUCUAUAGGGGCAGCAAAGCACCCAGCGUGGGUCUGAUCUAUGUAUCCAAUAAAUCUAUAGGGGCAGCAAAACACCCAGCGUGGGUCUGAUCUAUGUAUCCAAUAAAUCUAUAGGGGCAGCAAUACACCCAGCGUGGCUCUGAUCUAUGUAUCCAAUAAAUCUAUAGGGGCAGCAAUACACCCAGCAUGGGUCUGAUCUAUGUAUCCAAUAAAUCUAUAGGGGCAGCAAUACACCCAGCGUGGCUCUGAUAUGUAUCCAAUAAAUCUAUAGGGGCAGCAAUACACCCAGAGUGGGUUUAAUCUAUGUAUCCAAUAAAUCUAUAGGGGCAGCAAAGCACCCAGCGUGGGUCUAAUCUAUGUAUCCAAUAAAUCUAUAGGGGCAGCAAUACACCCAGCGUGGCUCUGAUCUAUGUAUCCAAUAAAUCUAUAGGGGCAGCAAUACACCCAGCGUGGCUCUGAUCUAUGUAUCCAAUAAAUCUAUAGGGGCAGCAAAGCACCCAGAGUGGGUUUAAUCUAUGUAUCCAAUAAAUCUAUAGGGGCAGCAAUACACCCAGCGUGGCUCUGAUCUAUGUAUCCAAUAAAUCUAUAGGGGCAGCAAUACACCCAGCAUGGGUCUAAUCUAUGUAUCCAAUAAAUCUAUAGGGGCAGCAAAACACCCAGCGUGGGUCUAAUCUAUGUAUCCAAUAAAUCUAUAGGGGCAGCAAAGCACCCAGCGUGGGUCUGAUCUAUGUAUCCAAUAAAUCUAUAGGGGCAGCAAAGCACCCAGCGUGGCUCUGAUCUAUGUAUCCAAUAAAUCUAUAGGGGCAGCAAUACACCCAGCGUGGGUCUAAUCUAUGUAUCCAAUAAAUCUAUAGGGGCAGCAAUACACCCAGAGUGGGUCUGAUCUAUGUAUCCAAUAAAUCUAUAGGGGCAGCAAUACACCCAGAGUGGGUCUGAUCUAUGUAUCCAAUAAAUCUAUAGGGGCAGCAAUACACCCAGCGUGGCUCUGAUCUAUGUAUCCAAUAUCAAUGUAUCUAUAAUCCAUCCCGUGUCAUUACUAAUUUUUGGGGGAUAUUGUGAGCUUUCUGCCCAUAAUGUGGCCCUUUCUGUUUGCACAGCUCACUGUAUUGCUUUCAGCCCAUGUUUAUUUGUGGCUCUCUUUCUGUGGUCACAAGAUGUCUACGUGUUGUAGCGUGGGUUACCUUGUAGCUGGAAGGGCAGAGUAUGAGCUCUGCUGGAGUAAAUGGGGAAGUGAGAGGUAAUUCCUUGUAAGGUCUCAGCACAGGAAACACAAGGCUGGAGUGAGAUACUUACUUACUUUAUGUUGUGCAUUCAAACAAUUAUUAUUUUUAUUUUUUUAGAAUGUAUGUCAUGAUGCAGUGAUUAGAUUUCCUGUAAACAUGAGCCAAAAUUAUUAACAUAAGAAUGCAGUCUAUUAUAUAAUGCAGUUUAUAUAUAUAUAUAUAUAUCGUGCCUGUGAGCUGUCUGAAUCGAUGGCAUAUUCGUUGUUCAUUAUGCGGCCUGUCAAGGAAUGGGUAUAAUAUGGGGCUGGAAUAUUAAAAUAUUUUCCAGUGCAAUACGCAAUACAGCAGUUUCUGAUAACAGAGGUUCCAAAGAGUAGACUUGUUUUCAAAAACCACAAGAACCAUUACAAGUCUCACAGGCCACCUCGGAGCUGCUGGGUUCACUGAGGCCGAAGAAACAAUGCACAAUGAUAAGAUAUUGGCACAAAACAAUAUAACGUGCUUUUACACUGCGCUAGUGAAAAUAUUAAAGUGUAAAAAUAUCUUUAAAGUGCGGCAGCCGUAUAGUAUUCUGGCAUCAUUCUAAAAAUAAAAGAUAAUAAAUAGGGUGAACCUAUUUUCCCAGGAAUAUACCUAUACUCCUCCUGAAACAAAUUCUCAUCAAAUAACUUCUUGGUUAUAAAUACUACAUGAAAUACAUAUUGUGGAAAGUUAAACUGAAAAGAUCCACGGUAUUGAAUUUUCGUUUAGUGGAUUUAAAAAAAAAAAAACAAAUACAACAACCGCUCUGGUUGUGGUGAGUCCUUCAAACAAUAUUUAUCUCUUUGGGGUGCAAACAGGUUCUGUAAGGACAUUGUCCCCAUCUAACCCUUUAGGAUCUCAUACUGAAUGUUUGCCUGUUUGCACCUAACCGGUUCUAGUCAGUCUCCAGUCCAAACCAAAACCAAUCGACAUUAUUAAGUGUUUAAUGCUUGCCUGCCUAAUCUCAUAUCGAACAAACUACCAACCACAGCAGGUGGAUAGCUAACCAGGAGUACACUAGUAAACACUGACAGUUACCGCUUCAGAGCUCCUCAUAUUGCCAUAGGUAUGCAGUAGGCUACGUUCGGUGGGCCGUCCCUGAGACCAUCCUACUUGGAUGACAAGCCCACCUGAACAUGCAGAAAUCGGGUCAUGUUCGUGAAUAUCCAAGACAAUAAUGCUUGGCCAAAGUGAAUAAACCGUGUAAAGGUCUAGAUGAAGAGCCAGCGAUGGUCCUAUUUAAUAUGCUGCAUCUCCAAGCAGGGCACGUCGUGUUUCAUUCCAAUGUAAAAUUGCUUUAAGACAGAUGUUUCCCUUUUUCACAGAUCAUUUUCCCCCUAUGUGUUCCUUAUUUAUUUUUAAACUUUUCGGAGCAGUAAAAGCAGAAGAGGGAGUAUCUUUUACAAAAAUCGACGCUGACCGUCAUGUGUCCCUACAGAUUUUCACUGGGAACAUGGAGGAAGUAACAGAAGGAGUUUGGCCAGAUCUGCCCUAAAAAAUACUGCAAGGUGCCCAAGCACACUGCCACCCGCUGCAAGACAUUAGCUGAAUCGCCGAAAAGACCAGGAAUGAUAAGAGCUGCAGGAAUUAAUGGGACUAUAACUCAAUAUUUUCAAUGUAGUGCUUGGAAUGCCCUGUUGUAAAAUCUCCAUUCAGUGCUAAACCAUUUCAGCUCAGUGACGUGGUAAUAGUGCCCGGGGUCCCCUGGUGCUGUCUUUCCCUUCAGCAUUAAAUUAUUUUCCAACAGUUUAACACUGACUCUGGGCCCUGGGUGUCUGAUAGUUCCAACCUUGCUGGAGGUGUGGCUAAAGUAGAGAUUACACACUUCCUUCUAGCCAUACCAAUUCAUACCAGCAAUGGGCACUGUGAUAGGCUGAAAGCAGUCAUUAGCCUAGGCAGAACAGAGGGGAUGGGGUGCUGGGGACUUUAGCAUAUAACCAUUAAAAACACUGAAUGUCAAGACAGCACUCGGGGACAUCAGACACUAUAACCACUUCAAUGGAAUGAAGCAGUUACACUGCCUACAGUGUCCCUUUAAUAAGAAAAUACCCGUGGGGGGUGGAGCCAGACCGCCAUGCUGGCUGGCCGCAUGUCAGCACAGCUCCUGCAGGCUAUGGAGUUUAUUCACUGUUAAAUUGCACAAUUUGUAGAUGGCAAUACCAGCAACUAUUGGAGCUGUUGAUGUCCCCAACAAUUGGUGCUUUGGUGGUCCUAAAAAGAUAUGCGGACUCUGAGGCCUACAUGGGAUGGGAGUGCAGUGGACAGCUAUCGCUCUGCUCUCAUGCCUGAAUGCUUCACAUUGGUGUCCCGUUCUCCCCCCUGUGGACCGGUGGGUGUCCUCCUGGUUCCCAGUGGAGGGGGCUGCUGGGAGCACACAGGAGUUUGAAACCUAAGGUGGCCGCCACAAUGGCUCCUGCAGAAGCAGCUUUAUUAUUUAUCUGGUGACUCCUGUUUUCCACUCUGACCCAAGUUGUCCCAUUGCAAUACCAACAUGCCUUGAAGUGAGAGAAGAGGCUCUAUGACUUGUCCUGCCAAGCAACUCGACACCUAUGCCUAGUUCCUGCAUCCACUUACCUGGACCUCGGACCUUGUGGAGGGGAACACCACAUUGCAUCCUUGCGCCCAAGAGACUGAACCUCCAGCGCGAGGUAUGCAAUAGAGGCCUCUCCGGGAAUAGCGAUCACGGCUCAUUGGAGGACUGGAUCCGAGGGAAUCAUUUGAUGGCUUGAAUAGAGCUCUGGAGCUGGUGGAGCAGUCCGAGCUGGACAUAUUUCUGUGCUGGGACUUUGUCAGAGGGCCUAGAGGUUGGAGUGGCAUGAGAGAUUCUCUUGAGUGGCUGUAAUUAUUAUGCUUAAUGUAUUAUGAUCUUACUAUGCCCAUACACCGUAGUCCUUUGCUAAUAUUGUCUGUGCUCUGAGCUUCUUGGGGCUCCAGGGCUUUUUGUUUUCCUGUUUUACCACAACUGGGCCUUAGCAUGGUGGAACACUGUUCAAUUUCUUUUCUAUUACUUCACUUCUGAUCUUGCAUUACCAGAAUAUCUUUCAGUCUUAUAGUCAGGUACCUGCCAAGCAAUAUAGUGCAAGCCUAAAUUCUGCAGCCUAUACCCUUGCUGACAUGUUUCUCCUGAUGACAUUAAUGCUUAUAAUAAAUAAUUAAUGCUUGUUUAUACUCAGUGCUGGAAUAUGCUGGAUAUUACUAUCGCUGGCCUCUAAUCUUGUAAACUAUGUGAUAUCCAUGAUGAAUCGAUGCAGAACAAAAUGAAAGAAUUUGAAAAAAAGAAAACACGUGUAAAAAAAAAUAAAAUCAGCUUUUAAACCAACAAACCAAGAAUUGGUUUGUUGGUUAUCCACUAAAAGAGUUAUCCGCUAAAGGGUUAUCCAUGUGACAAACUCCCCUUUUUAAAGGGAGUUUGCCACUAAAAGGGUUAUUCACUAACAGGGUAAUCCACGAAAAGGGUUAUCCACUAAAGGGUUAUCCACUAAAAGGGUUAUUCACUAAAGGGUUAUCCACUAAAAGGGUUAUUCACUAAAAGGGUUAUCGUCUAAAAGGUUAUUCACGAAAGGGUUAAUCAACUAAAAGGGUUAUCCACUACUGUGACUGUGCGGUAGGGUGAGUUGGGGGUGACUGUGCGGUAGGGUGAGUUGGGGGGUGACUGUGCGGCAGGUUGAGUUGGGGGAUGACUGUGCGGCAAGGUGUGCUGGGGUGACUGCGGCAAGGUGAGUUGGGGUGACUGCGGCAGGUGAGUUGGGGCUUGACUGUGCGGCAGGGUGUGCUAGAGUGACUGUGCGGCAGGGUGAGUUGGGGGGUGACUGUGCGGUAGGGUGAUUAAGCUGCACCUCUCCCAACCUGCAGUCUGACUGAAUUUGUCUAUGUCGGCUUAACAUGGAAUCUGGGCAUUAAGGUUGUAUAGGGGACCAAUGUUUAGCUAAGACCACAGUACUGGGAUACAAAUACUACACCAGAGAGAUGUAUUGUUUUUUAAUUCAUGAGACAAUCCUCUAUAGUGUAAGGUGGGGAAUCCCAUAAUAUUUUUAUUUACUUAUCAGUUGUUCCACUUUUAGAUGAAGGGCAGGACAACUUCCCUAUUCACAGAAUAAUUCACUUUAUCGCAUGGCUUUUAUUUACAAACUGCUUUCUGCUUUGUGGGACCCCUGUCGCAAUGUCCUUGAUGUGUUCCCUGGUCCUGUAUCUGGGAACACCGAAGGAUUGCUUCCAAUAAGCACAGCUCAUCAUUAGACACUAUGGACAAGUUAUACAUAAGGCACAGAGCCAAUAUGAGAGUGCUUUGACACGGCACGGGGCGUGGGCUCGCCUGAGUGGGCAUGCGUGCCAGGCAGAGAUGCCCCUGUUUUGUACCAUCAGCAUGUAGAUGUGAUGUUCACUAAGCAAUGGGUGACAACAAUGCUCGGUUUUUACACAAACAUUCAGUGUUGAAGUGACAACUGAGAUACAAGCGUUGGCUAAACUAGACAGGUUUGGAAAAAUCUCCAACUCUGUUUUAGCUUUAAUUUAGUAACCUGGUAAGCAGCCCGAUCCUCCUUCUCCUACAGAGCGUCGCAAUUGUGGAACGACCUCCCGCACACUUUCAAAUCUUCCCCAAAUCUAAAGUCCUUUAAGAGAUCCCUCUCUACAUACCUGAAAACAGAAUGCACGUGUUAUGGUUGAUUAUAUAUUUCCUACCUGUUCUAUGUUACAUUUUGUAUAUAUUGUGUAUGAAUAUUGUUUUUGUAUUUUAUUGUACGCUAAUGUAUCAAUGCAAUGUUUUAUGGACCCAGGACAUAUUUGAAAACAAGAGAAAUCUCAAUGUAUCCUUCCUGGUAAAAUAUUUUAUAAAUAAAUAAAAGCGGCUGUUCAGUGAAUACACCCCUCGGGGUAAAAACAAAGCACACAUCAUUGAGUGCGCGGGCUUGGAGUAUUAAUGGCAAUUGGUAGAUUGUGUCUGAGUCAGAGCGUUAUGAUGUCUGCUGUCUUAAUCUAAGCUUUAUCUAUUGGACGACAGGGAGCAUAGUAACGACUGCAUGACCUUAUACAGCACAUGUCUAAAUAUAUAUAGAAAUAGUAUCAAUACAUCCUCUACAACUGUUAAAGACAUUAUCCUCAGCUAUCCCCUGAUAAUGGGAGUCUUAGACUGCACUGGAGGGCCACGUAUCUCCUUCUCCUGGUAUAAACACUAGAAGGGUAUCCAUAGUUCAGCUGUCUAGUUGUUAUUUAACUGCAGCUACCAUCACUCUGAGACAACCUUUAUUCAAGGGCCUAGAUAAUUCCUGACCAGCAAAGUAAAGAACAGAUCCGUUAAUUGGCUUCCUUUAACAAGUGCUGGGUCACUAAUAUAGUUAAAAACCAUUUCAACAUCUGGCAAAUGAUUUGUCAAAACAUUGCUCUCUAGCUGUUAUUAAACACAACUCCCAAGGCCCUCAGCAAGGUGUUUGAAUCCUCCCUAGCCUUGUUGAAAUGAGUGGGAGGUUGUCAGAGCAAGCUGUGGGUUUGCAGUGCUUGUGGUGGUGGUGGAAAGCAGCACACGUUGUGUGAGGGAAGCUGUGGGCAGGAUGUGAGCAAUGAGUCACUCUGCAGUGAGCAAUUUCUAUCAUUUGACAUAAAUGAACUAAUUAUAAGGGAGUUUAUCAGCAGCCCUGGAAACAAAGUUACUGACAAAUCACCCAGAUUGCUCUCCUCAAACGCCGUCCAGCACAGCGCUGAGAUGUACUAAAAGCUGAUAAGGUGGAGAGAUUUCUCUCCAGUGACAGACUGAAACUACGCCUGAUGCAAAGUAAUACGAGGGAGCAGUCACCACGGAAACCAAUGGAAUGUUGAUGUUAAUUGCUAUACCUUAGAAUGUUGGCCUAGAAUUAUUCUUUAUACAGAACCCCAAGCACAGGUUCCCAAUAUUAGCACAUGGCCACACCAUUGGCCUCCUGGCUAGCUCGAAUAAAUUAACUGGUGCAGGACCCUGAAUGUGUGUUUAGCCUGGAUAACCCCGAAAGCGGUUCAAGAAACCCAGGCCUUAUCAAUGCCCCUGAAUAAAACCCUGACCUGUGUGUGAAUAAGUGUAUAUGAAUGGCAGGUAGUAUGUGCAAAUCAAGGGACAGAACAUGUCUAAAUACAGGGGGGGGAGGAGGAAGGGGGGAUGGGUGAAGGGGUGUGUGUGUGUGUGUGUGUGUGUGUGUGUAUAUAUAUAUAUAUAAAUGCAGGGGUGUAUGUGUGUUGAGGGUUAGUGUGUGUGUGUAUAAAUGCAGUGGUGUAUGUGUGUUGAGGGUUAGUGUGUGUAUACAGGGGUAUAUGUGUGUUGAGGGUUAGCAUGUGUGUGUAAAUGCAGGGGUGUAUGUGUGUUGAGGGUUAGUGUGUGUGUGUUGAGGGUUAGUGUGUGUGUGUAUACAGGUAUGUAUGUGUGUUGAGGGUUAGCGUGUGUGUGUAAAUGCAGGGGUGUAUGUGUGUUGAGGGUUAGCGUGUGUGUAUAAAUGCAGGGGUGUAUGUGUGUUGAGGGUUAGUGUGUGUGUGUAUACAGUGGUGUAUGUGUGUUGAGGGUUAGUGUGUGUGUAUACAGGGGUGUAUGUGUGUUGAGGGUUAGUGUGUGUAUACAGGGGUAUAUGUGUGUUGAGGGUUAGCAUGUGUGUGUAAAUGCAGGGGUGUAUGUGUGUUGAGGGUUAGUGUGUGUGUGUAUACAGUGGUGUAUGUGUGUUGAGGGUUAGUGUGUGUGUGUAUACAGGUGUGUAUGUGUGUUGAGGGUUAGCGUGUGUGUGUAAAUGCAGGGGUGUAUGUGUGUUGAGGGUUAGCGUGUGUGUAUAAAUGCAGGGGUGUAUGUGUGUUGAGGGUUAGUGUGUGUGUGUAUACAGUGGUGUAUGUGUGUUGAGGGUUAGUGUGUGUGUAUACAGGGGUGUAUGUGUGUUGAGGGUUAGCGUGUGUGUGUGUGUGUGUGUGUGUGAAAGGUCAGUGUGCUAUGUUUUAUGUCUGUAUGUAAAUCUGUGUGGAGUAUAUUAUUAUUAUUAUUGCCAUUUAUACAGCAUCAACAGAUUCCGUAGCGCUUUACAAUAUUAUGAGAGGGGAUUUAACUAUAAAUAGGACAAUUACAAAUAAACUUACAGGAACAAUAGGUUGAAGAGGACCCUGCUCAAUCGAGCUUACAUUCUAUAGGAAGUGGGGUGUAAAACACAUUAGGACAGGAAUGCAGUUUGCAAAAUAAGGUGGGCUGCCCUUUAGGAGAGGGCAAGAGACGGGUAUGUGAGGUAGGGGUUAGUCUUGGAGGCCAAAAGCUUUCUUAAAGAGAUGGGUUUUAAGGCACUUCUUAAAAGAUGCAAGACUAGGGGAGAGUCUGAUGGCGGGAGGCAGGCUAUUCCAUAGAUAAAGUAAUCCAUAUACAAUAAAUCUGUGUAUUGAUGCAUUAUUAACAUGGCGAAGUGCCUGCCUGUUGUUAUAUGUGUUUCCAGGGAGAGGGAAUGAGGCUUUGAGCUGUAUAUGGGGGUCUGCACAGUAUUAGUAACAGUACUUAUAGGAUCCAUGUGUAGCCCGGAAAAAGUAUACAGAGGGGACACUGGAGGGACUUGGUAUACAAAAUACUGGGGCAGUUUCACAUGUACUAGUUUUGUGCGCAUGCACAAUAUGCUAAAACAUGUUCCUAAACACUUUCCACAUUGGUGACUUUUUUUCUGCUUUAUCUGUAAUACACCAAAAUUAUCGUCUUUCUUGCACUUCCUGUUUUACAUUUUUUUAUUCCUUUUUUAUGAUUUUACUAUUGAUUGCAGUCACAAAAUGAGCAAUAUUAAAAAAAGUCAGAUUUGAAAGUUUUAAGGAUUUGUUUAUUCAUUGAACCAAAAGAAAGAAUGUCACAUUAAACCCAACAGUGUCGGAAAAACUGCAUGUUUACACCUUUCUUUUUUUAUCCAUUGAAAGUGACAAAGAAGAUGCAAUGAGGAUAAUUUGGGCACAAAUAAGGGAAUAAAUAAGAUCAACACAAUAUUUUUUAUACACUGCCCUAUGGACAUGCUGAGCACUGCUUUCAGACCAGCGGUUAUAACGUGCUCAGUGGAGUGGGAGUGACUGUCAGUACAAUGGGUAUCGCUGGGGUGAGGAGACUACAUCUGAAGCCCAGCUUGUCAUGUCUUCACUGCUAGCGGGGAGUGCCAGCUUCCGGGCUCAAGUAGACUGCAAAGGUCCCUCACUAGUGCUCACUUUCCACUCAUAAAUCCCAAAGUGGCAAGUGGAACUUUUGCUGGAUAACACACUUUCCCAGAAAAUUUUAACUUUUGUGAAUUACCCUUAUUGUCACUAUUUUUGAAAAUACUUAUUUUAAAGGAGCAUUCUAAGCACCAAAACAACUUUAGCUUAAUGAAGCAGUUUUGGUGUAUAGUCCCCCCCCCCCAACCCCCCUACAGUCUCACUGCUGAAUUCUCUGCCAUUUAGGAGUUAAAUCACUUUGUUUAUGCAGCCAUAGCCACACCUCCCCUGGCUGUCGAUCACACACCUCUCUAUCCACUUCCUAUAAAGAAGGUUUAAUUUUCACAAUAAUUCUUCCCAGCCAGCAAACUUGUCUGCACUAACAGAGAAUCACAUUUUUAGUAUUCCGGGACAAUAUAAGUGAACAUUGCACACACGAAAAAAAAAAUCAUUAUUUAAUUUUUUUUAAUAAUGUAAUAAUACAUGUUUUGUAAUACCUAUUUUCAUGUAUGUUUUUUGUAGCUUCCAAGUGUGCUCACUCUUUUAGAAGCAUUUGAUUGGGACACUGUCCAGCAUAUACAAAAAGAUGUGCCAGGCAAAAAUGAGUACCUCAGCUUAGAUACAGAACUUGUAGAAGAAGUAGGAUUUUAAGGACUUGAAACAUAAUUACUAAAACCUAAGAAAUGCAUAUUUCCUUAUUUAACUGCCUUAUUUAAGAGCACUCAAAGAAUCAUUUUAAAUUAGACUUUUCCUCUAAGUCCAAAGGAAAACCCAGUUUAAGCUGAUGUUUGAUGAAAGAUAUUCUAUUAUUCUGUAACUAGUUAUACUGAUGGUGUAGAGUCUAGACUGUGGUUCAUUAUUGUCUGUUUUAUCCCCCAGCUCUAAGAUGGAAAUGAGCGCUCCUUGCAGCCUGUCUUCAGCCCCGGAGAUGGACCAUGAUGCUGCCCAGACGGUAAGGGCUGGGGAAUUAGUGUUAAGAUGGGCAGGGGGAGCUUGUGACCAGUCCAGGAUAGGGUACACAGGCCUCAAAUAAUUGAACUCCUAUUCUAGACAAGGGGACAUGAUUUAACCCAUCAGUGUCUUUCCUAUUCUAGGUAAGGAAAUAACCCCAUACCUGUCCUUUUGGUAAGGAACUUAUAUAGAGGCAGCCUGGCUGGGUACUUUAUAUAAAGGCAGUGUGUGUUAUAUACAGGCAGCAUGGCAGUGUUUGUUAUACCGAGGCAGCCUGGCUGGGUACUUUAUAUAAAGGCAGUGUGUGUUAUAUACAGGCAGCAUGGCAGUGUUUGUUAUACCGAGGCAGCCUGGCUGGGUACUUUAUAUAGAGGCAGCCUGACUGGGUACUUUAUAUAGAGGCAGCCUGACUGGGUGCAUGAUAUAAAGACAGCAUGUGUUAUACUUAGGCAGCCUGGCUGGGUGCUUUAUUAAGAGGCAGCAUGUGUUAUAUAGAGGCGGUGUGUGUUAUACUGAGGCAGCUUGGCUGGGUGUUUUAUAGAGGCAGCAUGUGUUAUAUAGAGUCGGUGUGUGUUAUACUGAGGCAGCCUGGCUGGGUGCUUUAUAUAAAGGCAGUGUGUGUUAUAUACAGGCAGCAUGGCAGUGUUUGUUAUACCGAGGCAGCCUGGCUGGGUACUUUAUAUAGAGGCAGCCUGACUGGGUGCAUGAUAGAAAGACAGCAUGUGUUAUACUGAGGCAGCCUGGCUGGGUGCUUUAUUAAGAGGCAGCAUGUGUUAUAUAGAGGCGGUGUGUGUUAUACUGAGGCAGCUUGGCUGGGUGUUUUAUAGAGGCAGCAUGUGUUAUAUAGAGUCGGUGUGUGUGUGUUAUACUGAGGCAGCAUGUGUUAUUAUAGAGUCUGUGUUUGUUAUACUGAGGCAGCCUGGCUGGGUGCUUUAUUAAAAGGCAGCAUGUGUUAUAUAGAGGCAGUGUGUUAUACUGAGGUAGCUUGGCUGGGUGUUUUAUGUAGAGGCAGCAUGUGUUUUAUAUAGUCUGUGUGAGUUAUACUGAGGUAGGCUGGCUGCUUUAUAUAGAGGCAGCAUGUGUUAUACAGAGGCAAUCGGCCUGGGUGCUUUAUAUAGAUACAGUAUGUGUUACAUAGAGACGGUGUGUUCUAAUGAGGCAGCCUUGCUAGGUGUUUUAUAUAGAGGCAGCAUGUGUUUUAUAUAUAGUCUGUGUGCUAUAACGAGGCAGCCUGGCUGGGUAUUUCAUAUAGAGGCAGCAUGUGUUAUAUAGAGGAAGCGUGGGUUAUACAGAGGCAGUCAGGCAGUUUGUGUUAUAUAAAGAGGCAGCGUGUGUUAUACAGAGGCAGUCAGGCAGUGUGUCUUAUAUAAAGAGGCAGCGUGUGUUAUACAGAGGCAGUGUGUCUUAUAUAAAGAGGCAGCGUGUGUUAUACACAGGCAGUCAGGCAGCAUGUGUUAUACAGAGGCAGUGUGCUAUAAUGAGGCACCCUGGCUGAGUAUUUCAUAUAGAGGCAGCAUGUGUUAUAUAGAGGCAGUGUGUGUUAUACAGAGGCAGUCAGGCAGUGUGUGUUAUAUAAAGAGGCAGCGUGUGUUAUACAGAGGCAGUCAGGCAGUGUGUGUUAUACAGAGGCAGUCAGGCAGUGUGUGUUAUACAGAGGAAGCAUGUGUUAUACAGAGGCAGUCAGGCAGUGUGUGUUAUAUAAAGAGGCAGCGUGUGUUAUACAGAGGCAGUCAGGCAGCGUGUGUUAUACAGAGGCAGUCAGGCAGCGUGUGUUAUAUAGGGAGAUGGCCAGCACAUUGUGUGCAUUGUAAUCACCCAGGUCUGGCUCUCCCUAUUGGCUCUCCUCCAUCUCCUGUCCUCCCAUUGUAUUUGCACCUGAAUGGAUUGUUCCAUUUCCAUUCUGGGGGGAGAGCGAUGGAGGUUUGUGGUGGUUUGUGCUUGUUAAAUGGCAGUGGGUGGGCGAGGUGAGAGCGCAGACAGUAGGUACCUCUAGGGAGAGAGUGCGAGCAGAGCUGGGGGGUGCUCUCACACCCUAUUGUCAGGGAGCAGGAUUCAUGUGUUCACUCUCUCCCCAUGCUAAUUCAGCUGUAGCCACUGUCUGAAUUGGGACAAUGUAACAAGACUGUCAGGGAAAAGAGACAGACACAGAGAGACAGGCAUGCACAGGCACUAUGGGCGAGAGAGCCAUGCAUGCCAGGCUGAGAGGGUCAGGAACAGAGUGUAGACUGCUGUGGAAUGAAAGUGAGUGCCACUCAUACUGAGAGCGCUCGAGACAGACUCAGGAUUAAUACCAUCACAGGAUUCCUGCAGACAUGGAGCCCGGAGAGGGCUAAUUACCCCCAGCAGCAGUCACAAGCUACACAAUGGUGGUGAGUAGCCCUGGGGGUAUGUAUCAGCUGGAUGGGGGGUAAGGCAGGUAUUAUGGGGUAGGUAGACAGGUGAGAGCCAUGUGCCUUCAGUCCCCUAUUACUCCCCUGUAACCUGAGCUCGCUCUGCCCCGGGGGUAAAAGACUGCCUAUUGUAGGGGCAAUACGUUUUAGGGGUGUGGGGCAAACACUGCGCAUUAUUGGGGUAGUAGAUAGGAUCCGUUUCGGGUUCGCGGUUCGCUUAUUAUCGUCUUUGUGGGAAUAUAAUGUGUCGCCCUGUCACUUCCAUAAUAAUACGAUAAUAUUAUAAGAAUAAUGGGCUAUGAGCGCACACAUUGUCUCAGUCGAGGACAGAUAGCAGGCGGCCAGACAAGCAAUGAUAAAUAAGUGGCGCUCUGGGUGGGUGUACAAAUAGCGCAGGAGGAUUGGUCACACAGCCAGACCCCUUUGUUAUUUGUUUUGUUUUUUUUCAUUAGAAGGAAUCGUGUGGCACUGACAGCGAUACGCUGCAGUAUUGUGUAUGCAGGUGUGAUGCUCUGCAGUACCUGAUAUAUAUUCCGUAUUAUUUUCAUUAUAUUUUUGUAUAUGCAGGUGUGAUGCUCUGCAGGCGGCUGGCAGUGAAAAUGUUACUAGAUCCGAUGGGGGUACGGCUCAGCCAUUACUGAGAGCUAUGGUUAUAGGAUUAAGGCAGGGAUAUAGUGACCGGUGCAAGGCUUUCCCAGGAUUAGUGGCGGUCUCUGUAGGUCAUGGGUUAAUGACCUGACAUCUGGCUGGAGCGCUUUGUAGGCCUCAGGCAAUGAUGGGGUUAAUAAUAAUGUGUGUCACUAAAUGAGGUUAAUAAGAAAGUAAGAAAUGGGUCAGAGCCACCGGAGAGCGACUGUCACUGGACCAGAGACGGCCUACACCGGCACCUGUAUGUGUGAGUGACCGUCACUAAACCAGAGACAGCCUGACAACGGGAUCUGUCUGUGUGAGUGACCGUCACUAAACCAGAGACAGCCUGAUAAUGGGAUCUGUCUUUGUGAGUGACCGUCACUAAACCAGAGACAGCCUGACACGGGGAUCACUGUGUGAGAGAGUGCUCACCGGGCCCAGAGACAGCCUGACAUGGGGGAUCACAGUGUGAGAGAGUGCUAAAUGGGCCCAGAGACAGCCUGACAUGGGGGAUCACAGGUAUCACAGUGUGAGAGAGUGCUAAAUGGGCCCAGAGACAGCCUGAAACCGGUAUCACAGUGUGAGAGUGCUCACUGGGCCCAGAGACAGCCUGACAUGGAGGAUCACUGUGUGAGAGAGUGCUUAUCGUGCCCAGAGACAGCCUGACAUGGGGAAUCACUGUGUGAGAGAGUGCUCAUCAUGCCCAGAGACAGCCUGACAUGGGGGAUCACUGUGUGAGAGAGUGCUCAUCGUGCCCAGAGACAGCCUGACAUGGGGGAUCACUGUGUGAGAGAGUGCUCAUUGUGCCCAGAGACAGCCUGACAUGGGGGAUCACUGUGUGAGAGACUGCUCAUCGUGCCCAGAGACAGCCUGACACUGGGAUCACUGUCUGAGAGAGUGCUCACCGGGCCCAGAGACAGCCUGACACUGGGAUCACUGUCUGAGAGAGUGCUCACCGGGCCCAGAGACAGCCUGACACUGGGAUCACUGUCUGAGAGAGUGCUCACCGGGCCCAGAGACAGCCUGACACUGGGAUCACUGUCUGAGAGAGUGCUCACCGGGCCCAGAGACAGCCUGACACUGGGAUCACCGGGCCCAGAGACAGCCUGACACUGGGAUCACUGUCUGAGAGAGUGCUCACCGGGCCCAGAGACAGCCUGACACUGGGACCACUGUGUCGCUUAUUUAAUUAUCAUAACAAAAGCUGGGAAUUUUCAGCCUCCAUUUGUUCCCAAGCCCCCCUUCCAGUCUUUUCUGAAUUCCCAUCCCUGACUCUCGGGUCAUGGGAGAGGGGGGCAGGAGGUUAACAUUGCCAUGGAAACUGAUGUUCCCGCGCAAUGCUUCAGGGGUAUCAAUGGGAAUGAUGGCGGACAGAGUACAACAUUAGCAUCCUUUCCCCACGAACAGACAGAUUAACGUUAACCUGAAACAAUGUUCUUGCUGGUUUAACGCUGGCUACUCCAAAUCACGCACAGUCCUCCGCCACUCGAAAGGGUUAAUGAUUUUUAGUCACAUGGUAUCUGCCGCCCUGCUUCCUUGAGUGCUGCUAGGAGCAACUGUGAUAUUCACCAUUUCAAAAAAUUGCCGUUUAGAGCCGUGAUUCCAGAUAUAACAUGUGUAUGAGUAUUCUGUGUGCAUCCAUGCUCUACAUUCUGUACGCACUUCUCAUUAAAAUAAACUCAACUCAGCAAUGUCACUCCAAUAAACAUUUAACCUUUUGCUUGCCAGCGUGAUGGGCAUUUUGUGACAAUGCAAAAUGGGGUUUUAUUCACAAAAUUGUGAGUUACAAUGAGUGGAUUUUGCCAGUUCAGUAUUUUAGGGAUAAAAACGUACUAAUUUCUGGUUAGACUAGUUGGAAAGAUAAUGUCACAUGUGGAUUUAAUGGAAGGCAAGUAUUGACCUAUAUCCUCUAUAAUGUAAGCUCAUUGAGCAGGGCCCUCCACCUCUCUGUUCCUCUACGUCCACUUGUCUGGUUACAAUUACAUGUCUGUUAGUCCACCCAUUGUACAGCGCUACGGAAUCUGAUGGCGCUAUAUAGAUAAUAAAAUAAUAGACUAAAGGCUUUCUCAGCAUCAUGGGAAUGUAGUUCAUCAAGAUCUGCAGGGACAAGGCGACACAGACCCCAUGGAUUUUGUUCUGUUCUUUGCUGUGCAAUGGGAGGUUGUAAUUCUCCAUAUAUCGAGCUAGUAAAAGCAUUUUGCAGAAAAAGAGGAAAUUUAAGGGCUUUAUUUGCUAAAUGGUGAGUUUGAGCACCAUCAAAACAGACUUUUCUUUCUGUUGAACUAAAGAUUUGUUUAUUUCCCCCCCCCACCCCACCCCGACCCCCAAAAUCUGACAUUUUGUAAGUUGGUUUUCACAUCAACACAACUCCCUGUUUAGUGAAUAGAUGGGAUGCCUCCUCUGACCAGUCAUUUAUACAACAUGUGCCCACCUGGUACAGCUGGCAAGUGCCCAACUACUUUGCCCUUAAAGGGAACUCAAUGAGAGGUCUUUGCAAGGCAGGUGCUCUGGACAAUUGAUGCCUCUUGAGGUUAGCCCCACUGAGCUAAACAAACCAGGAAGUAACAGGGCCGGUUUUCUGAUUGACAGUCAUACGGGUGUAACAAGAUUCAUUUAUAAAGUGAUAAUUUCUAUUGAAAUCUCCACUUUUUGUAAAAUGGGGAAAAAAAGAGAACACACUUCACACAUAAAGCAUGUCAGCAAGCUUAAGUACUUUUAUAGGUCUGGAGUGUUGUUUAAUGUUUCAUAAAUGGUUAUGGUAUAUCCUCAGUGCCCAUUGAGAACAACGGAAGUCUAGGAUUGGUUGACGUGUGUGUAGGUAGAGGGCAGAGGCCCGAAAGAUACCAGCAUCAUUGAACCCACUCCCUCAUUAUGGGAAUAUUGAGGAGCCAUUUUCUCAUUGUUGUACACUAAGUAUGGAAUGUGGAGGAGAUGGCAGCUUGGCAUUGGAAGACAUCUAAGCUUGUGAAGUCUCUGUAGGAAUGAGCAGAGUAGCUCAAACGUAAUAAGACCAAAGUAUGUAAACAUGACGGUUACAUGGUCUCCAGUCUUUGUUAUAGUUCCCCAUCAAAAUGUAACUCAUUUUAUUGACCGGCUUGGUCAGAUCUGCUGAAACUGUAACAAUGUCUCACUGGCUAAUAUACAGGCUGCACAGGGGGGUUAUGGGAAAUGUAAAACUGCCCUGUUAAAGGGACAAGCAUCACUGUGAGACAACUUUCUUAUUCAAAAGUGUUUUAUUUGUGGCACCAGGAUUGGCUGAGUUUUGUCAGCCACUUCCUGCUUUUUCCCCAGCAUUUACUGCAAAUUGAGUUUCAAUUCAUUUAUCACAGCAGGGUUUAUUCAUUAACCAGUACAUUGUGAUGAACAGAAAACCAAUUUUCAGAAUUGAAGUCAAAUAAAACAGUCUGAAAACUGGAUGAAUUGGAGGACUUUAUGGCAGUUUACUGAAUAGGCCUCUGGUAUAUUGUAUGUUUUCCUCAUUGUUACUCGGAAUGUCUUGUGUUCAUUUAAAUUGGCAGCCCCCUGUCCAAUCACUGUCACCCCCCUUUUUGUCAAAUAAUGUUUUCAAAACCACUACCCUUUCCUUUUAAACUUUCUAACCAGUUUGUGUUCAGUACUUCCAAUGGAAAGCUAACACCCCAAGUAUUUUAGCAUAUUUUGUAUAAAAUACCGCUUCCUACCCAUCAGUCUAUUUUCCAUCUUGUCUCAGUGGCAACAGUCCAUCUCUGAAAAGCAGAAAGCCCGGACUGUAUUUGGGUCUUUCGGUGAUGGUUUAAUUCCUUGUGGCACGGAGAACGUGAGGUCAAGGUUGGAUUCACUGUUCACUGCAUUCUUAGUGAGCUGUCUGGGAGGGAGGGUCUGCUGCUGAUUGGCUGGAAUGUGUCUGCUGACUGUGAGGUACAGGGUCAAAGUUUACUCAAUGAUGAGUCCGCGACGAACCGUUCGGGACAUCACUACUGUUCACCCUUCUGAUUUCUGGCUUAUGAGCCUUGGGCUGAUCGUACUUAGUAGACUGAGUUAUUUAGGCAAGGGAAAGACUUAACUAAUAAAUAGAUAUACUGUAUUUUCUGGCGUAUAAGAUGACUUUUUAACCCUGGAAAAUCUUCUCCAAAGUCGGGGGUCGUCUUAUACGCCGGGUAUAGGGUCUAGAUGGCUGCUGUGGGCGCCCUGCACCCCCAUCGCCGGCCCUUCUAAUGCUGCUAUAGAGAGCGCUCAGACGGCUGCCGCACUGCCUCUCUUCUCACCUCCACUUCCCUGUGCAGAGUGGGUGGCCGAGCUCCUCUUCGUCCUGUCAGUCCGGCCGGGUACCGCGCGGUACAGGAGAUUCAGUUACCUGCUCCCGGCCGGACUGAAAGGAAGUGCACACUGAGUGCUCACUUCCUUUCAGUCCGGCCGGGAACAGGUAACUGAAUCUCUUGUACCGCGCGGUACCCGGCCGAACUGACAGGACGAAGAGGAGCUCGGCCACCCACUCUGCACAGGGAAGGGGAGGUGAGAAGAAUGUAGGGAGGAUUGGGGGGGGGGAGUAAAAAGAAUGGAGGGGGGGAGUAAAAAGAAUAUAUCGCAAUUAGCCUCCUGUGUGCUAGACCAGCAGGCAUGGAUUAUAUGCCCAAACAGCCUGGCACAUACCUGGGCUUUAAAUGCUAUUUCAGAUUAUCAUUAUUUAAUGUCUUGCUGUGUAGCUCUGUCUGCUCACUGUACAUCAUGGCUAAUUUUUAUUUGGUGUGCAUUGGAAGAGGGGUAGUCUUAUACGGCGAGUAUAUCCCAAACUCUAUAUUUUAACUGGAAAAGUUGGGGGUCAUCUUAUACGCCGGAAAAUACGGUAUGUAUUUAUUGAAGAGUUGCUUACAAUACACAUUAAGAGAGGCUGUAAUUAGUCCAUGCAGCUCAUUGCAUGCUACAAGGAGGGAGAUUUGGUUUCAGGGCUGUAUAUACAACGGGGGAAUGGGUGGGGGGGGCUCUUUUGUUCACCAUGCAAAUUAGAGAAAAUUGUGGCCAGGAAUGAGCCAUCAUCACCCUAACAAAUUAAGAAACAUAAAAAUGAUACUUGCCUUACAUUAGAGGUUCAUUCAUUUGCAUUGAUUCCAAAGUUCUGCAGCUAACGAAGUGAGCUUUCACUAAACCAGGAAGUUUCUCAGCCAGUCCUAAUGCUGGCUUAACAUUCCGUAAGGAUGGUAAAACUAUCCUUUAAGCAGUGCUUUAUGGGACCUGCAAAGGUUUGCGGGAGUUGUCCACAAAACUACGUCAUGACAUCAUGUAGAGCAAGAUUUGGGACAAAUAAAGGGAAACGCAGCAGGUUAAAGAAGGGGAAAAAUAGAUGGGAUAACAGUGUGUUAAAUGUCCACUACAGCGUGCGCCUGGUGUUCCUCCCAACACGUGAAAAGUGUUUCUAAAUAGCGUGUCAGAAAAUCGCAGUGGAUUAAUAACAGCGUUAUUCACUAAAAGUCAGAAUAUGCCUGAGUUAAAUCCAGAGGGAAAAACUGUGGCAAAAAUAACUUAUCUGUAAAAUUCGGUCAUGGUUACAUUUUUAUUUAAAUGUAGGAGUAGUCCACAGGUAACUUUUUUAUUAUUAUUUUUGCCUUUGUUCCAUUUAUUUAGGCUGAUGUUUACUGUAGCCAUUGCUGCCACCCAGGAGUAGUGGGGGUUUGAGCACAGAGUUUAAUUUUGGGAGCUUGUAUUCACAGCAUUUUCCCUCCGUUCUGCCAUUCUAAUGGAAUGUGUAAGUGAAGACACUAGUCAGACUAUAACCAUUGGCUUUCUAAUGGCCGGCUGCUUUAUAUACAGAGUUCGUUUGUAUUUCGAUCCAUAUUUCCUGGGAGCUGUUUUGACUCUGAGGCUCGUGGUGCUGGUGUCGGUGUAUAAAUGUUGGAAUUAUUGGGUUCUGAUGUGAUGAGCCUAGUAAUAUCCCAAUGUCAGUCUCACAGGCUUAUUUACUAAAAUGUGGAAAUUUGACAUUCAGGUUAGGUAAAUAACCCUGUCCGCCAUCUAAUUAUUGGUUAAAAAGCAUAAAGAGAAAGUGGGCAGCUUGUGAUUGUUUGUUUUUUUUAGCCAUGCAAUAUAGUUCAUUUAUCAGAUCUAAUCUAUGAUUAAUGGCACGCUGUAUAUGGUAUAUUGUAGCCCUAUCGUUCUCGUUGCCUUGAUUAAUAGUCUCAAACACAAUAGGAUCCUCAUUAUGUUACUAUUAACUCAUUAGUAGUUAAUGAGAAUUUUAUACCAACUCAAUUACCCCUUAAACAAUAUUAUGUUUAUACAUUUGAAUUCUGUAUUACAGUGUGACUAAGGGACUUUGUUAAAGGGACCUAACGUGCUCUUAAUCGCUUCAGCUUGCUUUAUAAAUAUGAUUUCAAGAACAUUUUAAAGAGAUUUAAAGGAACUUUCCAGCAUUUAUAAAUUAACACAAUUCCUUACAACACUGCAGUGUUCUGCAGCUGUUUAUAGAUGUUCACCUAUUACUUACCUCUAAUCCAGUGGUGGAACCAUCUACUCGCUGCAGCUCUGCUCCACUCCCAGAAGGUCAUCACUAGUCAUGGUCUCUCGGCCAAUCCAAUGUAUCUCAUAGUGAAGCUUUGGGAGGAAAUUGCUGAAAUCUACUCCUAUUUUCAGCUAGCGCUCCAUAACUGUCUGACAGCAGGGAGCAUUAUUAAAGUGACGAUUUCGCUUGAAAAGGUGUAGCGUUCCUUUAAAAAAAAACACUCCGGAUUUUUUACAUUUUGUUAUAUUUACCAAGGAAGCGUGUGUGAAGUUUGAAAAAUACAUGUCAUGGUUAUUUAUUAAAGUGGGAAUUCAAAGUAAAUUUCAAAUUUAAGUUUAAAAUGGCCAAACUGGGAAAAAUCUAGUAAAUCGGCUAUAGGCAGUUUUGGUGUACAGAUCAUGCCCCUGCAGUCCAACUGCUCAGUUCUUCGCCAUUGAGGAGCUAAAUCACUUUGUUUGUAUGGCUCUCCUCCUCUGAAACCGCUAUUUGGUGGUCGUCAAUUUUCCCACAACCCAAGAGACUCUGAAAGCAAAGGUGGUGUAGGGUCUCUGCUCUCACCUCACUGCUCCUUCAAACCUCUACCCACACCCCUUUCCUUCUCGUUCUCCUCAUUUGAAUUUCAUUCAAUUCGCCUUUUUAAGCCCAUCUCUGCUAACAUUGCCGUUAUCUAUCGUCCCCUUGGUUCCCCUCUCCUCUUCCUUGACCACUUUGCUGCUUGGCUUCCCUACUUUCUCUCAUCUAAUAUUCCAUCCCCAAUUCUUGGGGACUUUAACAUUCCCAUUAACCUACCCUUGUCCUCAGUAGCCUCAAAACGACUUCCAAUGACCUCCUCCAUUGGGCUAUCGCAGUGGGCUAAGUCCCCCACCCCUGUAGCUGGCAAUACCCUUGAUCUUAUUUUCUCUCAUGAAUGUACAAUCUCUGCAACACUCCAUUUCCUCUCUCAGAUCCAUAGGUAUAUCCGUUCUCGGUCUCUCCGCUCUGCCCGUGACCACCUUCUGUCCACUGCUCGCACCUGUACGGCCAACUCGCGUUUGCAGCACUUUUCGCAGGUGGCUCCCUUCCUAUGGAAUAGCCUGCCUACCGCCAUCAGACUCUCCCCUAGUCUUUCAUCUAUUAAGAAGUGCCCAUCUCUUUAGGAAAGCUUAUGGCCUCCCAGAGUAACCUCUACUUUACAUACCCGUCUCUUGCUGUCUCCUAAAGAGCAGCACUCUACUCUCUAAUCCAGCUCUACUUCACCCCACCUUGUUUGAUUGCUAUUUCCUGUGCUGUUGGGUUUUGUGCCCCACCUCCUAUAGACUGUAAGCUCGUUUGAGCAGGGUCCUCUUCAACAUAUUGUUUCUGUAAUUGUCUUAUUUAUUGUUAAAUCUUCCCCUUUGAUAAUAUUGUAAAGCGCUACGGACUAUGCUGGCGCUAUAUAAAUACCAGUAAUAAUAAUACUAAUAAUAAUAGCCAUAGUCACACCUCCCUGCAUGUGACCUGCACAGCAUUCCCAAACACUGUAAAUAACCUAGAUAUUCUAGGUUCCUGUAUUGCACAAUCUGUUUAACCUAUAUUUGUUUGUUUUGCACUGUUAUUAGCUUUCUGUGUGUGAUUAAUGUUCUAUGUACAGAGCAGGAGAUAACAACUUCUAAAGCAAGUUAAGAUCUGAUUGAAAAGGAAACCAUUUUGUUUUCAUGCAGGCUCUGUCAGUCACAGCCAGGGGAGGUGUGGCUAGAACUGCAUAAACAGAAACAAAAGUGAUUUAACUUCUGAAUGACAGAGGAUUGAGCGGUGAGAGCUAUACACCAAAACUGCUCCAUUAAGCUAAAGUUGUUUUGGUGCCUAUAGUGUCCCUUUAAGAAACUUGGUAUAAUUCACCAUGGAUUAAUAGUGAAGGGGUGACAUCAUUUAGUACAGGUCAGGAAGUGAAGUACUAUAAGCCUCUAAUAAUGGCAUUCAUCCAUUUAAUGACUCGAGGUUUGUAAGUGCUAACGACAAACCAUUCAAACAGCAGGUGAGUGCUGUACAGCUCUGUUUGUGCUAUCUGACAAAUAUACUCAUUUUAGCUUUAUAUGCAAAGAAGGCAGCAGGUACUGGAAUCUGUAAGUAGUGCACAAAACGGGGAUUCUAAGUGGUUUAAUGUGCAUCCAUGUGCUUAUUAUUUAACUCUAAGUUCUAUAGAUAAUGUGUAUAUGAAUGCAACGUGUGUAUGUACGUAUGCAGAGUGUGGGCUUGUAUAGUGAGUGUAUGCAGAGUGUGGGCUUGUAUAGUGAGUGUAUGCAGAGUGUGGGCUUGUAUAGUGAGUGUGUGCAGAGUGUGGGCUUGUAUAGUGAGUGUGUGCAGAGUGUGGGCUUGUAUAGUGAGUGUGUGCAGAGUGUGGGCUUGUAUAGUGAGUGUGUGCAGAGUGUGGGCUUGUAUAGUGAGUGUGUGCAGAGUGUGGGCUUGUAUAGUGAAUGUGUGCAGAGUGUGGUGUGUCUGUGUAGGUGUGCUGUAUAUGUAUAGUAUGGGUGUGUGUCUGUGUAGGUGUGCUGUAUAUGUAUAGUAUGGGUGUGUGUCUGUGUAGGUGUGCUGUAUAUGUAUAGUAUGGGUGUGUGUCUGUGUAGGUGUGCUGUAUAUGUAUAGUAUGGGUGUGUGUCUGUGUAGGUGUGCUGUAUAUGUAUAGUAUGGGUGUGUGUCUGUGUAGGUGUGCUGUAUAUGUAUAGUAUGGGUGUGUGUCUGUGUAGGUGUGCUGUAUAUGUACAGUAUGGGUGUGUGUCUGUGUAGGUGUGCUGUAUAUGUACAGUAUGGGUGUGUGUCUGUGUAGGUGUGCUGUAUAUGUACAGUAUGGGUGUGUGUCUGUGUAGGUGUGCUGUAUAUGUACAGUAUGAGUGUGUGUCUGUGUAGGUGUGCUGUAUAUGUACAGUAUGGGUGUGUGUCUGUGUAGGUGUGCUGUAUAUGUACAGUAUGGGUGUGUGUCUGUGUAGGUGUGCUGUAUAUGUAUAGUAUGGGUGUGUGUCUGUGUAGGUGUGCUGUAUAUGUAUAGUAUGAGUGUGCAUAGAUUGGCAAUAAGAGGAAUCUGAUGUGAUUCGAUUACUAUGGUAACAGAGCAGAAGCGCAGUAUGUUCAAAAAAGGAAUGUUUAAAAAUACAUUGCGUAUGUUUUUUGGCUUCAUUUACUGAACAAUGCACAGCAACACAGAGAAGCUGGACUGGCUUUAUAUAAACUUACAGAUAAUGACAAUUUGAGGCAUGAAAUAAUCAUGGAUUUUACAAGGCAUUGGAGGCAGUCAAUUGUUUGUUCAUUUAGAGGUCAUUUAUUGCUAGAACUAUGGUUUAAUAUGGAUUUCACUUUAAGUUCUUAGCUCAGGAAAGCCAAAGGAAACUGCUCUCAGUAGUUUGAGGAGACGCAGGGACCAUUGCCUAGCGGACCCAGGUAAGGGGUCAAACUGUUAUCAAGAUACUUGCAGUGUUCCUUGAAUUUAACCCUUCCUUCUUUCAUUACUGAUAAUCUGGGACGGAGAGGCACAAGAUCUCCCAGCACAUUAACAGGAAUAAGAACAUGGAAAGUGGUAGUAUCAAAGAUGUAAUGAUCACAAAUUCUAAUUAAAUUAACAAGACAUGAGUUAUAAGUAGGGUUAAUGUUUAAAUUGUGAAUUGUUGGCAGUUAAAAGUAUUUUAAUUUAAAAAUGUAAGCCAAAAUCGCUCCUGUGAAACCGUAGCUUUUUAAUUUUUUUUUUUAUUAUUUUAGCUACCGGUAUAUGUAUUGUGAAUUCACGUUCAAUUUGUGGCAAUUCACAUUUUAUUUGCCUUUUAGGUGACCAUAUGCUAAGCCACUUGUUGAUAAUAAAUCAUUUCCCCCCACCAUUUCUGAUCUGGAUUUGCAUUCAGUAUAUGUAGUUUGUUUGCGUUUGUUAGAUAACUUGUGUCACAUGACCAUUGCUGCUUUCCCAUGGCAAUGAAAAGGUUAAAUGUUUGCGCUAUUCCUUAUGCUCCAGUUCUGUUUCCUGAGUGUAUCUCUCUUUUGCUCUUAAGAAGAGAAUUAUUCAUGGCUUGCCUUUUAACUGAGCAUUUCUCCCCGCAGGCCCGGUGACAGUAAUGUGAUUUGACACUGCUGCCGUUUGCUGGCGGUGAUGGUACAGAGUGAAGACAUUACAGCCAUUUAUUUCUUAAUGAUUAAUUGAUAGAAACCUGUACAUACUUUUCAUGUCACAUUCCCUGUAGCCUAAAUAUACUGAGCGUAUAUCUGUAUCUUUACACACGUAGGCUCGCGGAUCGGACACGCUGGAUUCAGGCACUGAAAGCUCCAACCGUCUUAUUUCAUCCACCGCACCCGGCGGCGUGAAGGGAAAACCCAGCAAACGGUAGGAUGGGUAGAGGUGGGCCAUUGUGCUUUUAACAUACCCGUACCUUGAUGGCCGGGGCAAAUGAAUUCCUUGUUUAAUAGACCUUUUAAAUCCAAACCCACCACAAAUCCCUGGGAGUUAUUGUCCAAUUAAAACGUGAAGUCAUUAUCUGACGCUAUGGCGUUUUAUGUAUCAUAUCUGUUAUAUAACCUCUAGAAAAUAGAUUGUUUUAUUGGAUUUCAUUAUGUUUUAAAAUAAAUAGUUCAAUGGUUACAGUGUUUAUUACCAACAACCAUCAAAUGGUCAGAACGACGUCUUUUUUUUUUCUGUACUAACAUGCAUGGCACGUCUGUGGUCCUCUAUCUUGUACAGUGCUGUAUAAACUGCAGGAUCAUAUUUUUAGAUCAGUGAAUAUUCCACAAUUUGCAAGCGUUACUGGAUCACACACAAUACAUGUGGAAAUGGUGAUGUCUUAGGAAUCUUAUUUAAUUGGACUGAUUCACAAGUAGCAUGUGAUUAAAAAGGGCUGGAAUAGUGAGAAUUCAAUAUUCGGUAGCUUGGUGUAGGGCAGGAACAACCUCUCAGCCCUACAAAAAGCCACAGGGUCAGAACAGAAUAACAGUGUAGGGUCCUAGUGACAGACACUUUGUUUUUCUCUGUCUUUUACAGGAUAACCAGAGGACCAUUUGUGAAACUGGCGGACUGCGCUCACUAUCAUUACGAAAACGUUAACUAUGGUCCCAUUCAGGUAAAGGGCUAACAAUCAAGCUGUAUCCAAUGCAAGGGUGGCAAGUAUUGCAGCUUAUGGACGGCUGCUCCCAUGACUCUGUCAGCCAACCAAUGUAAAACGACACUUUGGCUGGGAAUUGGUGUUUGUGUACACAGAAACAUUUGUGCUGGUAUAAGAGUUAGUCUCUGUCAGUCUGGCUCCGCUUAGUGGGAGUUUCUGUAAGAUAAGUGUGAGAUUUGUUUCAGGCCCCUCUUCCACCAACAUGCAGUGUAUAAUACUUUAAUGUUUUAUUGUUACUAUCUGAACUAUAUACUGACACAUUUUAACUCUUUAUAUCCCAGCUGUCUAUCUCUGACUCGCGUCCAGAGGAUUCUUCUGCUGCGGAGACGGAUGCUAUAUACAUUGUGCAAGUUACCUGUCAGGUAAGUGAGACUGUAAAAAAGGCAGGGGUUAAAGGGAUAUUACAGCCUUGUGACAAGUGAACCUUUGAUAACAUCCAAUGCCUGUGUGUCUGAUUAAUCUCCAUCUCUGAGAGUAAGACCAACUUAAAAAAAUGCAUAAUCGAUAUGGCUGCCUGCCUGUCUUAGCCGUGAUCCCUGGCAGCCUGCGAUUUACCCAUAGUAUCCAGGAGGGAAACAAACGAUUAACUGUCAUUCAACGUUACAUUUUUUUAAAUCACUGUGUAUAUACAAAAAAAGCCAUUAAAACAAAAACCCAAACACAACAUAUCUAUCUAUCUAUCUAUCUAUCUAUCUAAUCUCUCUUGAUAAAAGUCCGGUUGGACUGAAACGUCAACACUUUGUAUUUGUAUUUGAACAUUGAUUGCUGAAAUAAAAAGCACUUUUGAAAUAUUCUGGAGUCCUGUGAGUGCUCGCCAUCAAAACAUUGUAUACAAGGGCCGGAAAUUGCAUCAAGGCAUAAACAAGACCAGGAGCAGUGAGUGCAGGACACUUGGAAGUAUAUAUAUAUAUAUAAUUAUAUUUACAAGUUGCAUUAAGAAGUACCCUUCUCUAAAAUCCAUCCGAUCCUGCGUUCAUUAAAACGGCUUUGUGAUUCACACUGUCAUGGUUUGUGAUCUCCGGAUCAGAGCUGGGGGCUCUCCAUUUAAAGAGAAUUACUCACUUUUGUGUGUGUUCGCCUUGUUUUGCUCAAUGUAAAUCAAAAGACAGGUAAAAAUAGACCUUUCAGUAUUAAUGUGACCUGAAAGCUCCUUAUUUUAACUCGGCAGAGCAUAAAAGACUGUCUUUUAAUGCAGCUUUGUAGAAGGUCUAGCAGGUUUCUGACACUUGACAAACACAUUUAAAGUGACAUUAAACAUUAAUUUCAAAGUUUGUUUCUUUUCCAUAACUGCGUCCUGAGUAAGCAAUCCUGCAGUGUAGCGGCUGUGGUUAGGCAGUAAAAUGCUUUCAUUACUGUAUCACCUGCACAUUGUGAUUGACUGAUUGUAACCCGUAUUCCAACAUCUGAAGGGACUUUAGAAGAAUCUUAAAUGUCUGUUACACAACACCAUUUACCCAGAAUUCAUGACUCUGCUCUUUUAAACCUAAAAAGUGCAAUUUGUCGUCAUUUCUCUGCAAUUUCCAAUUUAGCGGAUAAACCCCAGUGAGGUUGACAUUCUAAAUAUGAAACCUCUUUGAUUUUUGGGUGACGUGUUCGAUUUAACUGCUGUUUAAAGUUCAGGUCUUUUUCCUUUUCUGUUUGUUUCUAAGACCUGUAUUUUCUGUAAAUCUGUUUGUAUUUCUUUUCUCUGAAGCACAGACAGGUGAGAACUCACAGCGCACAAAGCAGUGAGUCAGCUUUACUAAGCUGCACACAAAUAAACUCCACUGCGUGACCAAGGAGUACUGCCACCUUUACGGAUGAUAUGAGUGCAUCUUCUAAUUUGUACAAAUACUUAUACUUAUUUCUUUUUUUAAUUUUUGAAAAAAUGUUUUGAUUAAUAAAAAUAUACUCUGACAACACAACUGUCCUGUGAAAGGCACCAGUGGGGCAUUCCAUGGAAAUCCACUUGCAUAUCCCAUAAUCCUCUAGCACAUUCUUGAAUAUUUGGGAAAUAAGGGUCUUGAGUGUUUUUGUGCUAGAAUAAAACUUGCUAUUCUCUUAAAUAAGACAGUUUCUUCUUAAUUAAAAAGAUUAUAUGAAGUUCCUUUAAAAGAAAGAAGAUUGUCUCUAAUAAAACAACAAGCCUAUUGUCCCAUGUUGAUUCCAGGGAAACACCUUAAUACGUGAUAUCUAUUCUAGUACAUGGGGGAUCUUUUUACCCUGCUAUGUUUUCCCAAUCCAUGAUAAAAAAAUAGUAUUUAGAAAAAUACCUUUUGUUGGUUUUCUGUUUAAAAAAAACACUUAUUUUAACGUUCACAUUGACUCCAUGGCAGAAAAGUAAAAAAUGGAACUGGAUUCUCAUGUUUGUUGCUAAAUGAUUGUGAUUUAUUUGAUUGUGAGUCACCAUUGGCCUUUACUGCUGUCAGCAUGUUAACCUGAUCAGCUGAGAAAUGAUCAGAGAGAUAGAAUAACACGGGGACGUUAAACUUACGCUGAUUUCUUUGUGAAUCAUUUCUAUGCAGUGACGGUUAUAUCACACCGUAGUACGCCUUAUGACUUUACCUAGCUGGUGGAUGAGAAGUUAGCCUCCUGCUUCCAUCAUGUGCUGAAUCCCUGGUGUUACAGAUUCUUCAGCUAUUUUUGUGAGGUUCUCUGGUAAUACAUUUCCUGGUGAUUUUUUUCACAUCUUUUAAUCAUGAUCUCUGCCUCCCUCCAGCAUUCAAUCAACCCCCGUUUUAGUGACCCGUAAAUAUUUGAGACUAAGGUUCUGUGUUUGUUUUACUCAUUAGAUUUAGUAGCUGCGCUUGAAAAUGAUUUAUUAAUUAGCCGUUAACUAACUUGCUUCAGUGAUUUUUCUUAAUUAAUACAUCAUUAAAUGAAAGUUAGGAAUAUGGCCCCAGUGCACCGAUUAGGAUGAUGAUUAGAAAAUAGAUCAUACUGCCUAGCAGACCAUUUUUAGGGAUUGUUUGUUGUUGUGGUGAAGGGCAGGAGGAGGUCUGCUGUCCUGCCCAGGGGAUAAUGCCAUGAUUCUCUAACUCGUUCAUGAUCAUUAUUUUUAUAUCCAUUUAUCUGUUCCAUUGUUACAGCCUUUCUUGGUUCUUUUUUCACCUUGCCCUUGCUUUUUGUUGCUUUCUCCAGGGUCGUUCCUGGUCUGUCUUGCGGAAUUAUGAAGAUUUUCGAGUGCUUGAUUCAAACCUUCAUCGCUGCAUCUUUGACAGGCGUUUCUCUCAGUUGCUGGAACUGCCGCCCCGCUCUGAGCUGCCCUCUCAGGGACAGGUGAGAGACUGUUCAUCUCCAAAUUAGAGAGAACAGAGGGAAGCCAUAAAUCCUUCCAGUUGCCCCAAACCUUUAAAACUCUCUUUGCCCUGCCUGUAUAGGAUAGGUGGUAACAUUUGUCAGUCACCAACAAAGGGCCCUUUUAUUGUACCUUGCUUUAAUCUGCCUCCUCAAGGACUGCUGAAGGAAUUCACCAGUCCCUUCCAGCUUUCCCUUCCUUCAUUCAAACUGCUCUUCCAGGGGCAAGUGUAUUAAUUCGGGUAAGAUAGCUCACUGCUCAGUGACCCCACUGCAGUAUUGCUACCACCUGUUUGUAUCUCCAUGUAACCGGCUCAUUUUCAUCAGGGCUAUCUCAGUCUUUCAUGAUUUCUAGGUCAAUACAACGAGGACCAGUAAGAUGGGUAAUAACUUUUUUGUACAUUAAAGAAAGUAAAAAUAAAAAACCUGCAUAUUUAUUGUGUAUUGAAACAAUUUGUGAAGGUUGAGCAGAUAUUGCCCCCACACUGCUAUUCCACUACAACUAAAGGAUCCAUUGGUGGCCCCUUCUUCUACACCAGGGGAACGGUGUUGGCUAACUGCCCUAAAUUCAGGAGAUAAUCAAAUUAAACAGUGCCAUCACAACUCCCUUAUUUAUUCGUGAGUUGUGGGGGCCGGGGAAGAGCUCGCUACCACCCAAAAUUGCUGAGUCACACUUCUGAGGUCUAGGGUCACUCUGGCCAUGCUUUCUGAUCUUCUUAAAGAAUGUAAAUUUUCUUGCAGCAACUCAAUCACUGUUACAUUAAAACAUGUGCUGCUCCCCACAAUACUUUAUAUCGGAGCUGGGGUAUAGUUUGUAAAAGGCUUCUUUUUGUCUCCAGGUCCUCGCCCCACUUCUUGCUCGGUAUUUGAAGGGUCUCUCGGGAAUUGUGGACAGUAAUAUCAACUGUGGCCCCAUACUAAGUUGGAUGGAGGUAAUUUGUGACUUUUAUUGACCCCUUCACUAAUCAUAAAUAAUCACAUCACCGAUUUCUAAACUAUAUCGAGUUACAUAGCCGAUUAUACACUGUAUCGAUAGUCACAUAGCCGAUUAUACACUGUAUCGAUAGUCACAUAGCCGAUUAUACACUGUAUCGAUAGUCACAUAGCUGAUUAUACACUGUAUUGAUUAUAGAUGAUCAUACACUGUAUUAAUAGUCACAUAGCUGAUUAUACACUGUAUCGAUAGUCACAUAGCUGAUUAUACACUGUAUUGAUUAUAGAUGAUCAUACACUGUAUUAAUAGUCACAUAGCUGAUUAUACACUGUAUCGAUAGUCACAUAGCUGAUUAUACACUGUAUUGAUUAUAGAUGAUCAUACACUGUAUUAAUAGUCACAUAGCUGAUUAUACACUGUAUCGAUAGUCACAUAGCUGAUUAUACACUGUAUUAAUAGUCACAUAGCUGAUUAUACACUGUAUCGAUAGUCACAUAGCUGAUUAUACACUGUAUUGAUUAUAGAUGAUCAUACACUGUAUCAAUAGUCACAUAGCUGAUUAUACACUGUAUCGAUAGUCACAUAGCUGAUUAUACACUGUAUUGAUUAUAGAUGAUCAUACACUGUAUCGAUAGUCACAUAGCUGAUUAUACACUGUAUCGAUAGUCACAUAGCUGAUUAUACACUGUGUUGAUUAUAGAUGAUCAUAAACUGUAUUAAUAGUCACAUAGCUGAUUAUACACUGUAUCGAUUAUAGCCGAUCAUACACUGUAUCGAUAGUCACAUAGCCGAUUAUACACUGUAUCGAUAGUCACAUAGCCGAUUAUAAACUGGGUAUAAGUGUUAAUUAGGGUAUUAAUUAGUUGCUGAUCUGGUUAAUUCUAGAACAGUAUGCCGAGCCUCCUUGGCAAUAAGGGGACUGUAAAUAAAUAGAUUAUGGUUCGAAUGACUGGAAGUCUCCAGGAAAGUAUAUUUAAUACACAGGAGGAGGAAUGGUUCUGUUUGAAUAAAAAGCAUUGCUGAGAUUAAACUAUUUUAUUUUUCUUCUCUUUGGGAUCUAGAUCGAUAAUCAUGGGAACCGCCUGUUGGUAAAUGAAGAGGCCUCUAUCAAUGUGCCGGCAAUCGCGGCUGCUCAUGUGAUAAAGAGAUACACUGCGCAGGCACCUGAUGAGCUUUCCUUUGAGGUGACAAUUUCAACUGGAACUUAAUGCUGGGUUUUUAUAGAUUGUGCUAUUUUGGUGUAAUGCAAUCAUGGGUGCUUUUUAAACAUUCUGUGGCAAAUGUGUGAAAUUCAGGCUAAUACCAGAUAUUCUACAUUAUGCUUAGCCGGAGCACCAUGUUUCCUGAAAUUGAUCAUUUCUAUUUUAAGCAUUGAUGGCAUGAGAGCACACGCCAUAAUCUCCAGAAAAACUUAUUUCAAAUUAAAUUUGGGAGGGUUGGGAGGAAUUGUCUUGCCAUGUAGUGUCAGCACUGGCUGUCAGGAAGUGUAAUUUUGCCCUCCGGGUUGUCCUGCUGUUGUCUAUCGGCUGUAGUUCUCCCCAUUUGCUGUUUUGGUUUUCCUGCAGGUUGGAGACAUUGUGUCGGUGAUUGAUAUGCCACCUCGGGAAGACACCAGCUGGUGGAGAGGAAAACACAGCUUCCAGGUGAGGGCUCUAAUGUUUCUCCAUUCACAUCUUACAUAAGGCUGGCUGCAGUGAAACAUCAGGGUAACUUUCUUUCUUUACCAGGUGGGAUUUUUCCCCAGUGAAUGCGUGCAGCUGAUCACAGACAGCAAGAACCCCUCUCCCACAACAGGUAUACAGGGUGCGUUUAGCAUUUUGGCAAGCAGUAUAUAUGGCGCUGUGGGUUGUGAGUACUGUCUUUAAUAAGAAAUCCAAGUUUGAAAUGGUGUGUGCAUAGAUCUGUCUGGUUUAUUGGGGGCUGCUGCUGCUCUCUUUGGUAGCGUCUGUGGUCGGCUCUGUAUGUCUGUUGCAUCUGCUGUCUGGUGCUUUGUUUAUGGUUAUUGCUUUCUGUGGCUGCUGCUAGUGUGAAUUGUGCUGUGUGUCUGUAGUUGUGGUUUGUGCUAGUGUGUGUGGUGCUAUGCCUCUGCGGUUACGGCCAGUGUGGAUGGCACCGUGUGGCUACCGCUAGUAUGGAUGGCGCUGUGUGGCUGCCGCUAGUAUGGAUGGCGCUGUGUGUCUGUGGUUGCUCCUAAUGUUAAUGGUGGUGUGUGGAUGGUGCUGUUUGUCUGUGGUUUGUGCUGUAUGUCUGUGGUGUGUGCUAGUGUGGAUGGUGCUGUGUGGUUGUGCUAGCGCUGUGUCUGUGGUGUGUGCUAGUGUGGAUGGUGCAGUGUGUCUGUGGUGUGUGCUAGUGUGGAUGGUGCAGUGUGUCUGUGGUGUGUGCUAGUGUGGAUGGUGCAGUGUGUUUGUGGUGUGUGCUAGUGUGGAUGGUGCAGUGUGUCUGUGGUGUGUGCUAGUGUGGAUGGUGCAGUGUGUCUGUGGUGUGUGCUAGUGUGGAUGGUGCAGUGUGUCUGUGGUGUGUGCUAGUGUGGAUGGUGCAGUGUGUCUGUGGUGUGUGCUAGUGUGGAUGGUGCAGUGUGUUUGUGGUGUGUGCUAGUGUGGAUGGUGCAGUGUGUCUGUGGUGUGUGCUAGUGUGGAUGGUGCAGUGUGUCUGUGGUGUGUGCUAGUGUGGAUGGUGCAGUGUGUCUGUGGUGUGUGCUAGUGUGGAUGGUGCUGUGUGUGGAUGGUGCUGUGUGUCUGUGGUGUGUGCUAGUGUGUAUGGUGCAGUGUGUCUCUGGUUGCGCUGUGUAUCUCUGGUUGCGUAGGCGCUGUGUGUGUGUGUGUGUGUGUGUGUGUGUGUGUAUAUAGGUAUAUAAACACCCGUUACAACACAGAUAUUACACAUAGUAACAGAGAUGUGUAGUGUAUGGGCUCCAGUCCAAAAGACGACCCAUCAGGGUAUUUUAUCGAGCGUAAAAUAAAAUAAAACAAUAUUCACAUUAAGAAAGAAAUAAUAAAGCUUGGUGUCUAUCUUAAGAACACCAGUGAGCAGGAAAAUAAUAGUAAAGCAAAUGUUGUCCCCUCUAUACCAGCCCCAAUAUCCCCAAUAUCCAGCUAGCAUACAACAGAGAGGGUAGUGGAUGCAUGGACUAGCCUUCCAGCUGAAGUGGUAGAGGUUAACACAGUAAAGGAGUUUAAGCAUGCGUGGGAUAGGCAUAAGGCUAUCCUAACUAUAAGAUAAGGCCAGGGACUAAUGAAAGUAUUUAGAAAAUUGGGCAGACUAGAUGGGCCGAAUGGUUCUUAUCUGCCGUCACAUUCUAUCUUUCUAACGGAAAACCAUAAACCCACUUUUGUUAUAGGCCCCACCUAAAAGAUGUUCGUCACCACAGACAGAAAGAGAUUGAAGUGAGUCAGAAGAAAGAUGAGUGGGGAGGGGGAAGCCGCAGAUACCCCAAAAAAGGAGGCAGGGGGGGCGGGAUGGUCCAGACAGGAGAGCCCCAAAAGUGCCCAGAAGCAAUCUCUCAGAAAAGAGAUCUAGGCAGGGGUAUGUCCUCCUGAAGGGAUAUGAUCCUGAGUGACCCCCCUGUAGGGGAUAAAGGACGAAACCAGAGACCUUAUGAGGCGAACACAGCAGAAAAGCGGUUGAGGUGAGGCACUGAACCCACCCCGCUUCUCCUCUAGCCGCCUACAUCACUGGCCAUCCAAGGGCCCCAAACCUUUUCGAACUUCUUCAUGGUGCCCCGCACUUGGGCCGUUAGCUUAUCCAUGAGGCAAGUAUCCUUGAUUUUUUGGGGCAACCGCUUCUACUGAAGGGGUCUCCCUCUGAAGCCAAACCUGUGCCAAAGCUAGCUGCCAAAUUUAAUUUGUGUAAAUGUUUUUGUAAAUGUUUUUGUCCAAUCAUAUCCAACAAAAACACCCAAGGAUCUAACUUAAUGUCUCUACUAAGAAUGUCCCUUGUUAAAUCCUUAAUCUUUGCACGUCUGGACAUACCCACCACAUUUCAAUAGAAGUCCCCUUCUGUCCACAUCCUCUCCAACAUAAGUCUGUGGUGAUAUUCAUUCUACACAAUUUGACGGGGGUGGUGUACUACACAUGGUCUUAUAUGACUGUUCCUAUAAAGCAGGGGUGGGAAACCUUUGGCCCUCCAGAUGUUGUGGACUAAAUCUCCCUUGAUGCUUUGCCAUCAUUAUGGCUGUAAGAGCAUUAUGGGCGAUGUAAUCCCAAACAUCUGGAGGGCCAAAGGUUCCUCGUCCCUUCUGUAAAGUGGCACAUAUUGAUCCCAAAUUCCCUGCCACUCAACCUCUUUUAGCGUUUCACCUAAAUCCUAAAUUAGCUCUCCCCAUUCUAAGGUAUAGGUGCUAAGGUGGGCGUAUAAUGCAGUAAUCAAACCCCUUGGGAACAUUUCCCGUAUACACGUUUUCAAAAAAGUUAGCUGUUGUGCAGCUGCCUUCCUAACCUGAUCCUCCUGAGCUUAAUCCCUGAGUUGAAUAUAUCGGAAGAAAUCCGAAUGGUUUUAGGGUAGCCCUAGUUUUCAAUUUCUCAAAGGGUACAACAGAGCCUCCCUCAUAUAGAUGGCAAAGUCGCUGCAAUCAUAUUCUAUACCUUUAAAAUCGUGUGCUCUCAUACCUGGGGGGGAACGUCCUAUUCCUCCGGAACGGCGUCAACGGGGAAGGGGAAGAUGCUAAACCAUAUUUUAAAGCAUUAGCGUCCCACAGUUUCAUGGUGUUCAGGAUUGCAGGGCAUGUCGUUCAAAGGCCGAUAAUCCUUAGGUAUCCACAUGAAAAACAGUGGUAACCCAUUAACAAUGACUCCAGAUCUCCCAUCGUCUUUCCUCAGGGGGAGAAUGCCACAAUGCGAUCUGGGUCAAUUGGGCCGCUAGGUAAUAAAAAUACAGAUUGGGCAAACCCAAGCACGGUAGAGUACAUUGCUGGACACUGUGUUUUUUUAUUUUGCCAUAUAAAUUGGCCUAUGGCCUGCUGAAGAGUCGCCAGAUUGGAUUUGGUGAUUUAGACCAGCAGAGCUUGGAAUAAAAAUAGUAUUCUAGGUAGGAGGUAGGACAUUCAUUUUCACAGAUUGAAUACUGCCUAUCCACAAGAUUGGUUUGUCGACCAACUUCUCCAUAUCCUCAAUGAGGUAUUAGAACAUAGGGAUGUAAUUUUGUUGGUAUAAUCGGGUAGGAUCUGCUGUAAGCCAAAUACCUAAAUACUUGAGAUGAUUGUGAGCUAUAUGAAUGUGGUAUGUGUGACCAAUGUGUGCCGUGUCUGCUGCCGAGAGGCCAAUGGGAAUGCACUUGACUUGUUCAAGUUCACUUUGUAGCGCGCUUUUUCACUAUAUUUCUCCAACAUGUCCGUCAGUGCCGCCAUGGAGUCUCUAGGGUUUGUCAGGGUUAAGAGCACAUCAUCUGCAAAGCCUGAUACCACAAAUGUCUGCCCGACCACCAUUACCCCCUGUAUGCCUGGGUUGGUUUUGAUUGCUUGCAGAAGGGGCUCCAAUGAUGGCACGCACAACAUCCUGCUUGGUGCCAUUACUCGGCGUGAGCGUUGCGACCUGCGCCCCCGAGAUCCGAAUCUGUGCCCUAACAUCGGUGUAUAGUUUGAAUUGCUGUAAAAUACGGAACAGGGAUGCCAAUAUGCGCCAAUAGUUCGAAGAGAUAAGACCACUUGACCCUGUCAAAUACCUUCUGACCUGUCUCCAAAUGAUAUCCACAUUAGGUCGGGUAUUUUCGAACAAAUCUCACCUGGUCAGCGUGGAUCAAUCGUGGUAGCAGAUAGUUCAGUCUGCUCGCAAGAAUCUUUGCUAGAAGUUUGGAGUCAUGGUUUAUCAACGAAAUUGGUCGAAAGUUUGCCAGUUCCGAAUUGCCUCUGCCGGGUUUCGGCAAUAAGACAAUAUCCGCCAAAGACAUGUCCCUGUCCGGGGCGGCACCCUCUGUAAGGUCAUUGAACCAGGACUCUAAGCGGGGCGAUAAUUCCUCAUGAAACGUCUUGUGAUAGCUACCAUCAAAGCCAUCUGGGCCUGCAGCUUUAGUGCCUUUCAAGGAGGAUAUGACCAAUUCAAUUUCUUCAAUUGAAGUCAGUUUCCCCAGGUCCGCCGGAUCCGCCCCCGCCAAUGUUGGGCGCAGGAAAGCCCAAAUAUUAUCAGCUUCCUCCUGAGCAAUUAACAGAGUCAGGGCUAGUGUGGUUAUACAAUUUAGUGUAGUAAUCUGCAUCUAGUUUUGUGUGUCUCUGGUUUCUGCAAGUGUAAAUGGUGCUGUGUGUCUGUGGUUUGUGCUAGUGUGAAUAGUGCUGCGUGUCUGUGGUUUGUGCUAGUGUGGCUGGUGCUGCGUGUCUGUGGUUUAUACUAGUGUGGCUGGUGCUGCGUGUCUGUGGUUGCACUGUGUUUCUCUGGUUGUGCUGGCGCUGUGUGUCUGUAGCUGCUGCUCUGCCUCUAGUUCUGUGUGUCUCUGGUUGCUGCUAUUGUGGCUGAUGCUUUGUACACAAUCUGUCCGGGUCGUUACUUGUUUCAGCAGCCAUCUUACUUUACUGGGGAGAUUUCUAGUAUUGCUUUGAAGCCACAUGUAUAUAGUUUUUGUGUAUUUAUUUAUUUUUGCUAAGGCUACAAUUUGCGCCUAGUACAAGAUCUUCUCACCCUUGUGAUGGCUCAGAUUGCAUCCAGCUCCUAUACGUUUUGGCCACCUUCUGUGUUUAUGAAUAGACCCCCAUAGUUUGAGCUCAGUAUUGUAUUUAUUGAGUAGCGAAUUUUUAGGGUUUUCUGUUUCUCAUUUGCCUACUUAAUGAGCUGUGAUAUAUGUUGUGCUAAACGCUUAGUUGCCAGUAUCUGUCUGAUGUGAAUGCCAUUUAAACUUGCCUACCAUAAGUCUCCCUGUGUCCCAUCCUGUAACCCCCAACGUGUGCUGGCUUUGUUGGGGAUCUCCAUGAAUGAUUAAUAUCAUUGCGCUGUCUCUAUGCACGGCUUGCUGAGCGGUCUUGUUUCUUUGUUACCUGUCUGUCUGUUUACAGAGGGUGAUGUAAAAUUGGCUGUCUCGUCUCCCCAUGGCUCCAACUCCCCCAGACCAGGUAAGUUCUCUAGCCAUUUGUCUUGUUUCUCCAUCCAGCUGGUCGGUCUAUAAUCCCCUCCAGUGUAUACGUUACUCUUCAUUGCUUCAUGGUGUAAUCUCUCUAUCAGUCUGUAGGAGACAUGGAAAGCUCGCCGGGUUACUGCGCAGUUUCAUGGCGUCUCGGCCCAGUAAGCAACGUCUCAGACAGCGAGGGAUCCUUCGAGAGCGAGUAUUUGGGACAGACCUAGGAGAGCACCUGCUGAAUUCUGGAGAAGAUGGUGAGGUUCCUCCCACUCACGUUAUGGCCUCUGUCCCUAAUGAGCAGUUUUACGCAUCCUUUGUGAUGAGUAGAAUCGUGAGUGUUAGAUAUAUCUCAUCUCAUAUACGGAUAACCAGCAAAGGUUUAUGAGAGAAGAUAAGACCCCAUAGAAAGGCUCCUUAAUGGUGGAGUAUCUUCCUGGUUUAGGAGAGGUGUGCCAGUAGGUAGAGAAUAAACCAUUCCACGGAAUCCGUGAGCCUCAUCAUGUUUAGGGGUGUUUGGAAAGAUGGUUAGAGAAUAGAAUAUAAUUUCUAUCUUGUGAUGAUUAGAAUUGCAAAGGAACUGUAUAGAAAAGAGAUUUUCAUUUUCUUUGCUCUCCUAUUUGUGUUCUCACCAUUUAUAUUUAUUAUUCAUAAAAGAAGGAGUUAUGUUAAAUACUAGUUCUCUUGGUCUGUUACACGUUGUAUACGUAGAGUUUUGUGGGGGGGUUAAGAUCUUGUUAUGUCUUUCAUUACAUAACUCCCCGUCUGUAUUAUUCUCUCAGUUCCCAAAGUCCUUAGCUCCUGCUCACAGUUCCUGGAGAAGUUUGGGAUAGUGGAUGGAAUUUAUCGUCUGUCGGGAGUGUCGUCCAACAUACAGAAACUCCGGUGAGUACCUCUGUGUCUGUGAGGUUGAUUCAUUAAACUGUGAGUUAUAGUAAAUUGAAAUACAAAUGGCAACAUUUAGUCUAAAAUAGUCAGAGUGCAGUAAAGUCAUUUAGCAAUUUUAGCCUGGGUUGUGAUAUUCAGAUUUCAUCUUCCUAAUUUCUGAGUUUAGUGAAUCUAUUUCUGUCGCUUUCUCUCUCUGACUCUAGCAAUCUAUCUCUCUGCAAAAGCUGUUAUGAAUUAAAAUAAAUAAAUAAAAAAAUAUAUACAUACACACACACACACAAUGAACAAAAUUAUAAACGCAACACUUUUUUUGUUUUUGCCCCCAUUUUUCCUGAGCUGAACUCAAAGAUCUAAGACUUUUUCUAUGUACACAAAAGGCCUAUUUCUCUUAAAUAUUGUUCACAAAUCUGUCUAAAUUUGUGUUAGUGAGCACUUCUCCUUUGCCGAGAUAAUCCAUCCACCUCACAGGUGUGGCAUAUCAAGAUGCUGAUUAGACAGCAUGAUUAUUGCACAGCUGUGCCUUGGGCUCGCCACAAUAAAAGUCCAAGUUACGACGACGAACUACAGUCAGGUCGAGAUCCGAUGAGAACGACGAGCAUGCAGAUGAGCUUCCCUGAGACGGUUUCUGACACUGUGUGCAGAAAUUCUUUGGUUAUGCAAACAGAUUGUUGCAGCAGCUGACCGGGUGGCUGGUCUCAGACUAUCUUGGAGAAGAUGGUGGAUGUGGAAAUCCUGGGCUGGUGUGGUUACACCGGUUGGAUGUACUCCCAAAUUCUCUGAAACUCCUUUGGAGACGGCUUAUGGUAGAGAAAUUAACAUUCAAUUUACGGGCAACAGCUCUGGUGGACAUUCCUGCAGUCAGCAUGCCAAUUGCACGCUCCGUCAAAACAUGCAACAUCUGUGGCAUUGUGCUGUGUGAUAAAACUGCCCAUUUUAGAGUGGCCUUUUAUGGUGGCCAGCCUAAGGCACACCUGUGCAAUAAUCAUGCUGUCUAAUCAGCAUCUUGAUAUGCCACACCUGUGAGGUGGCUGGAUUAUCUCAGCAAAGGAGAAGUGCUCACUAACACAGAUUUAGACAGAUUUGUGAACAAUAUUUGAGAGAAAUAGGCCUUUUGUGUACAUAGAAAAAGUCUUAGAUCUUUGAGUUCAGCUCAUGAAAAAUGGGGCCAAAAACAAAAAAGUGUUGCGUUUUUAUAAUUUUGUUCAAUGUAUAUGUGUGUGUGUGUAUGUGUGUGUGUGUGUGUGUGUGUAUAUAUAUAUUGUCACAAAAGUGCAAUAUUUUUUUCCAUCACUUUGUAGCAGAUGGUGCAGUACUUGAUGUGACCAUGACGUCUUUUUCUGUGUUCUUACAAUUUUGGUUUCCUCUGCCAUGUUUUUGAAGAGAGCUCAAUGUGCUAUUCUGAUAGCAGGGACAAUGCUCUUCUUGUAUUUUGCUCCCUUUCGUGCCCGUGGGGGUCAUUUUUAUAAAUCAUAGAAGGUACUGGUGUGUGAUGCCAUAACAUGUAGCCGGGUAAGGGGCUGAUUUUGGAUCAUGGAAUUGCCCCUUAUUAUCCACUGAUUUAUUAUGAUGUUGUUUUUAGUUUGUGACUUUCUCUCUUUCUAAAAAAACUGUGCAUGUUGGGGUCUUUACUUAAUUCAUAACUCUUGUUUUUCAUCUCUCUAGACACGAAUUUGACAGCGAACGAAUCCCGGAUCUCUCUCGAGACACUUACCUGCAGGACGUGCACUGCGUCAGCUCCCUCUGCAAGCUCUACUUCCGUGAAUUGCCUAACCCACUGCUGACUUAUCGCUUAUACCAUCCAUUUACGGUGAGCCAAGUCAUUACAAUGCAUUGCAGUUUAACUGUGGUGAUUCCCCCUGUGAUACGGUUACCCUGUUAUAGCAACUUCUACAAUAAUUCACUGAGGUCUAAAGAACUGUAAAUGUAAAGUGGAAUCAAAUGGAAUUUUAAACAAAUAAGGAAACGAUCUGUGCUGCUUUUUAUAAAUAUAUAUUUUGUUUCUUUGUCAUAAAACCUCUUCCUCGUAGGCCCUUUGCUCCUGAUCAUUUAUGCUCUUUGCAUACUGAAUGUCCUCAAUACACUAUCUUAAUUAGCUUACAAAUUAUUUUACUUGUUUUGAAAAAUGUUGCCACGCAGCAACAAUAUAUUUGUUAUUCUAAUUAUUGAAGUGUUGCUUUAGGUAAAUGGUCUUAUUUAAGGAGAAAUAAAGGAUGGUGCGAUAUCUAUUGUAAAUACAAACGUGAUAAAACUCCUUAUUCUAAGUCAUUCUCGUCACGUCAUUCUCUCUCCAUUUACUGCGGUAGGAAGCCAUGUCUGCGGCCACCGAAGAGGAGAAGUUAAUCCGUGUGCACGAUCUUAUACAGCAGCUGCCUCCACCGCACUACAGGUAAUAAACAUAGCAAAUUAUCCAACCAGAAGCUUGCUUUGUGCGCCUUGAUAGUUUCCACGUACGUACUGGAGUUUGGAUGUUAUCACCCAGUUUAAUGCUGCUUGAUUUAUUGACCUUGGAAGGAUGAAAGGCUAAGAUGAUCUUGCUAGAAAUGGCACCUGAAGUUGGAGCACUAACUACUGAGUUAUCUUAACGUUGAUAAGUAAAGGCAGAUGGUUUAAGAUUCGGUCAUUUGCCCCUGCUUUUAGAUUUCAUGCAUCUUGUCCUUCAUUGUAAUUCUAACCCACUCAAAAGAUUACUGACACAAAGCAUGGACUACUGUGUCGCAGUAUUUUUUCCUCUGCUUGACAAAACGCAGAGUCUAGCUUUGUCAAAGCCUUUCCUUUUCCCCUGCGACAUCUUAAGGGGAAAUGCUCUGCCUAUGGAAGAUAGCGGUUAAGUGGGACGGCAAUGGAGUGUUCUUUUAGCUAAAGUCUCUGGGAUAUGUGGACAGAUCGCUUGGGAAGAUGCUGUCCUAUUUUUAACAUUCAUUAAAAUAGUGAUUUAAUAAAAUCAGAAUGGUAACUGUGUAUGCAGAUCCAUACACGUAAAGACGUUUACAGAACAGGCCUCCAGAAAAAUAGUUUUUAUUUAAAACCAAUAAUGUUUAAGCACAGUGUUUAUGUAGGUCUAGAUGUAUGACAUUCCUGCUACUAAGUUUGCGUUUCUACUUUUUUUUUCUCUUUAACCUUUUCACUCCCGCAGGACACUUGAGUACUUGUUGAGGCAUCUGUCACGGCUUAGCACACACAGUGAGCGUACUGGAAUGCACGCACGGAAUCUCGCCAUCAUCUGGGCUCCUAACCUGCUGCGGUAAGAAGAAAGCUGUGCUUUAACAAGAGAAACUCUUAUGGAGUAAUUGGCUUCCCGACCAUGACAUUCUUAAUUUUAUAUAUACCUAUUCUUUACCAUAAUGAUGACGGUUAUAGGGCUAAAAGCAAAUUUUAGCAGAUUAAAGUCCUGAUUUUUAUAUAUUUUACGAUAAGCUUUUCAAAUUGUUUAGCAUUUCAAAAAUGCAAAAAAUAAAAUAAAAAAUAAAUAAAUAUUCCUCGAUCUAUCUGUGUGUGUGUGUGUGUGUGUGUAUAUAUAUAUAUAUGUGUGUGUGUGUGUGUGUAUGUGUAUAUAUAUAUAUAUAUAUAUAUAUAUAUAUAUAUAUAUUUAUUUUUUUAUAAAAUAGCUUUAAAAGUUUAUCAAAAAUUUUACAUUAUUUGACUCAACUUGUUCAAAAAUAGGAAAGCAAAAUGGAGGCUAAAAUAGCUGAUUGGUAGACAUUCUCCAAUUCUUUUAUAGCCACAGCUUGGCCAUCGGAUUUAACUUGCUAAAAUUCAUUGUUUAGAGAAUAAUCUUAUAAUUAAAAAAAAAUCCUUAACCACAGCACUGUUGAGUAUGGUAUACUAUAAUCUUAUAUAAUGUAAUGCUCAGACUGGAGCAAUUUAAAUGGAGUCCAAGAGAAAUGGGAUUAUUUAAAAGUUGUACUGCUGAAGGCAACAGAAAAUUGCAUUAGGCUUGUCAGUAAAAGCAAAAAAUUCAAGAAACCACUGUGGUACUCCGCAGAUGUGGCCAAAAUAGUAAAAAACAAAAAGUUAGCAUUUAGUAAUUAUAAAAAAAACCCAGAGUGAGGAAGACAAAAUGAUCUAUAAGAUUAGGCAGAAAGAGGCUAAGCAAGUUAUAAGAGCUUCCAAAUCACACACAGAAGACAAAAUAGCACAGUCAGUAAAAAAGGGGGAUAAAACUUUUUUUUAGAUACAUAAAUAAGAAAAGAAAAGUAAAACAAGGAUUAGUUAGAUUAAAAACAAAAGAAGGAAGGUAUGUAGAAGAGGAUAAAGGUGUAGCUGACUGCCUCAAUGAAUAUUUUUGUUCAGUAUUUACAGAUGAAAAUGAAGGAAAGGGGCCUCAGUUAGGAAAAAGGACAAAUGAGUCAUUUAUUACACGUGAGUUUACAGAGGAAGAGGUUCUAUUUCAACUGUCAAAAGUAAAGACAAAUAAGUCAAUGGGACCUGAUGGAAUACACCCAAAGCUAUUAAAAGAACUUAGUGUUGUACUAGCAAAACCAUUAACAGAUUUAUUAACCAAUCAUUAACAGGAGUAGUCCCAGAAGAUUGGAAGUUAGCGAAUGUUGUGCCCAUUCACAAGAAAGGUAAAAGGGAGGAGUCGCGCAACUAUAGGCCAGUAAGCCUUACUUCAGUAGUGGGGAAAGUGAUGGAAACCAUGUUAAAGGAUAGGAUUGUUGAACAUCUAAAAACACAUGGAUUUCAAGAUCAGAGACAACAUGGGUUUACUUCAGGGAGAUCAUGCCAAACUAAUCUUAUUGAUUUUUUUGAUUGGGUAACUAAAAUUAUAGAUCAGGGUGGUGCAGUAGACAUUGCUUACCUAGAUUUCAGUAAGGCUUUUGACACUGUUGCACAUAGAAGGCUUAUCAAUAAACUGCAAUCUUUAAGUUUGGAUUCCAAUAUUGUUCAAUGAGAAAGGCAGUGGCUGAGUGACAGACAACAGAGUGUUGUAGUAAGUGGAGUAUAUUCGAAGCUUGGGCUUGUCACCAGUGGGGUACCUCAGGGAUUUGUACUUGGACCCAUUCUCUUUAAUAUUUUUAUUAGUGAUAUUGCAGAAGGUGUUGAUGGUAAGGUGUGUCUUUUGCUUAUGAUACUAAGAUAUGUAACAGGGUUGAUGUUCCAGGAGAGAUAAGGUAAAUGGCAAAUGAUUUAGGUAAACUAGAAAAAUGGUCAGAAUUGUGGCAACUGACAUUUAAUGUGGAUAAGUGCAAGAUAAUGCAUCUUGGACGUAAAAACCCAAGGGCAGAGUACAGAAUAUUUGAUAGAGUCCUCACCUCAACAUCUGAGAAAAGGGAUUUAGGGGUGAUUAUUUCUGAUGACUUAAAGGUAGGCAGACAGUGUAAUAGAGCAGCAGGAAAUGCUAGCAGAAUGCUUGGUUGUAUAGGGAGAGGUAUUAACAGUAGAAAGAGGGAAGUGCUCAUGCCAUUGUACAGAACACUGGUGAGACCUCACUUGGAGUAUUGUACACAGUACUGGAGACCGUAUCUUCAGAAGGAUAUUGAUACCUUAGAGAGGGUUCAGAGAAGGGCUACUAAACUGGUUCAUGGAUUGCGGGAUAAAACUUACCAGGAAAGGUUAAAGGAUCUUAACAUGUAUAGCUUGGAGGAAAGACGAGACAGGGGGGAUAUGAUAGAAACAUUUAAAUAUAGGGAAUCAACACAGUAAAGGAGGAGACUAUAUUUAAAAGAAGAAAAACUACCACAACAAGAGGACAUAGUCUUAAAUUAGAGGGACAAAGGUUUAAAAAUAUCAGGAAGUAUUACUUUACUGAGAGGGCAGUGGAUGCAUGGAAUAGCCUUCCAGCUGAAGUGGUAGAGGUUAAUACAGUAAAGGAGUUUAAGCAUGCGUGGGAUAGGCAUAAGGCUAUCCUAGCUGUAAUUGAAGGCCAGGAACUAAUGCAAGUAUGAAGAAAAUUGGGCAGGCUAGAUGGGCCGAAUGGUUCUUAUCUGCCAUCACAUUCUAUGUUUCUAAUAAGAGAUCAGAAUAUUGCCAGGCAGGAUAAUCCCAUUUUGGGAUUUUACACACAAUUGUUUUUGUCAAGUAAUGAGCUGGACAUGUGUGGAAGGGAAUGUACCUAAUAGUCUACUGGUUAUAAUUUACCUAUACAGGUAUUUUUCAUGCCCAUACAGAUAUUGUUUACAUGUAUUUAUUUUGUCUUCUGUCUCAGGUCUCGGGACAUGGAGUCUGUGGGAACGCCUGGAGCAGAUGCGUUUCGUGAAGUGCGCGUACAAUCUGUGCUCGUGGAGUUUCUCCUGUGUAAUGUGGAGACGCUCUUUAGCGAUACCUUCACCUCUAUUGGUGAGUAAACUUCCGAUAUAAUCACACUUUAUAUGGCAUGUUUUAGAUUUUCCAAUUAAUGUUACUCCAUCUUAAUGACAUUCUAGUUAUUUUAAGGUUUCACUAUUAGAAUUUAGUGUUUGUUUUAGAUCGCUCUUCCUAACCUUUAUUGUGACAGGGACCCCAAAAUAAGAACAUGCCUUUAGCUUGCUGUUAAAUUAUUCUGUUGGAAGAUAAGCUCACAGACCCAUAAUGUAACCCGUUCAUUCAAUCCUGCCAUGUAUAAGACAAGGCACAGAUUUCAUGGUAAGCUGGACACAUCUUACGUGCUGGUUCCAAAUAAUUGGAAAUUCUGUUUUGUGUCUUGACCAAAUAUAUAUAUUUAUUAUAUAUGGCAGAACGUAUUAUACAAACAAUAAAGGCACAGUAUGCGGCAGGUACAGAUUACAAUAAAUUAGCUUGUAAUCUGUUGGCUUGGUAACCCCUGAUGUCGUAAUAAUAUAUUGUUCCCGGAAUACCCAGUUUCUAUCGUAACCCUGUGUGUAAACGGUCUCCAAAACCUUUCCUCCAUGAAGGUAAAACAAACCGUUAUAUUGUAUCCCUACAAACACGUCGCCAGAAUGAUCUUCUUUGUUGACUAAGUUGGAUAUUCAGAUACCAGACCUUUCUGCUCAUUAUAUUUUCUUUUCAAUAUUCUGAUAUAUCUGCAUAAACUCGAUAUAAAUAAAGUGACUGACGUCGUCCAUCUUUAUUUCCCAUAAUUUCACAGGAGGGCCCGUCUUUUUUACUAUGAUGAGAAAUCCUGCAUAGACCACAUUUUUUUUUUUACAUUUAAAUUACCUGCAGAGCAAAGGUGUCACGCCCUGUCCCUUUAAACAUUUUAUCAUUCCACUAAAUAACAUGUGAUAAACUGGCUAAUUUGGAUUCCUUUAAUUAUCAUGUAAUCAACUGAUUUUGUUUAUCACUGAAUAUCUAGUGUUUCUGUCAUUACUAAAGAGUGUAGCUAAACUCCUCUGUAAUAUGACCGAAGAUUCUUUCCUAAUGUAUUAACAAGCUGAAACUUUGGAGGUCUGCUGCAAAAGAGCAAUGGCUGCCUCCUGAUACAUUUGCUCCUAAUUGUCAGAAGAUGGCCGAUGCCGAUGUACAUAAGUUAACUUCCAGUAUAAUUUCUCUUGGUGAAACACUGCAUGUAGUGAGCUUAGUUCUCUAGCAGACCUGGUUGUACAGUGCUGUCAGUGUGCACAGAACACACAGGCGUACCCUUGACCAGGAAUUUGUGGUAUAGUGUAGAAACAUUGCCACUGUUACCGUCCAUGGAGCCUAGGUAUUGCUGUGAAGUCAAACGGCUUGCUGACAGUUGUGGGAUGUGUAUUUUCUGUGAUUCAGACCCUCAUGACAGAUUAUCCCUCCAAUGUUUUUUUUUUUUGAAACUAUUAUUGUCCUUGCCAUUUAUAUAGAAUGAAUGAUUCCACAGCACUUUACCAUAAACAGAUGUUUGUAUAAAGGGGGGGGUGGGUGCGGCAUUAGUGAAUGCUCAGUCUUAAUCCUCCAUCUCCAGCCUGCAGCAGCUGAUUGCUACUCACACGCUCCUUCUCAAUCUGUUAAACUAUUGUACCUGAUCUGUCACUGGAUGGCGCUUUUGGAUCUUGCCCACACACUUCUCUCUGGCUUUCUGCUGGACAAGAUAUAUCUGUGGUUUGCUGAAGUCCCCUUUGGUCUACACGUCUCCCUGCCUGCUGCUGCCACUUGCUUUCUUCUGCCCUAAUCCUUUCUAUCCAUGCCACUUCCACGGCUUUUUUCUCUUCUACUUGCCCUAUCCUUUGCUGGACCUGCUUCACCACGCAAGCUUGGAAAGUCAAUGGAAGAGACCUGCCGCUAUCUUUGUCCACAUUGUCUUCUAUCCCUCUUUACCAGCAAAAGCGACCGGCCUCCGUAGAGCAUCUUGCAUCUCAAUUAGACCUCGUCUUCUUACACUGCCAGAAGCCUGGUACCAAGUACAGAACAGGCGAUGUGGGGUUCAGUCCCCUACCGAUGGAGGAUGCCGUGCAGCAGAGACCGAACAAGUGAGGACUGACAGUUAGUGCGCGGAUUGAACACCGUAUGUGGGUCAGAUGGACACAUCCCACAUUACAAGGCCACCAUUGUGGAAUAUUCAAAGACAUCUCUCUGAAUGUGAACAGAUUUUAAUAUUUUAUAAUGUUUGUUUACUUCCUGGAAGUAAACUCUAACCUGUUUAGUUUAAGAACAACUUAAAAUCCUCACUUUAGUGAUAGAAUACCUUCAGACAAGCCGAUGAUCUAUGAAAAUGUUCAUGUCCGUCAUGCAAUAAAACAGGAUAACAAAAAUGAGCAAUUUUCCUCCAUACAUAAUUUCAUGAGCUUCAGUGAAGAUUCACUCUCUGUCCCUGCUGGAUGAGGUGUUGCAAUGUAUUGAGACCCUGGCUGUGUAUAACGAGCAAUUCUGGGUCAAAGUUCUAAAAGUGUAGCUUUCAUCACGGAGAUGAACAAAAUGUUCCUGCUUAUUUAUUCGCUUUUAGAUGUUUGUCCCGGAAUUACUCACAAUAAAUAGAGAACAUCGUCCAGCUCCAAGUUACAGUAUAUUUCUCUGUCCAUUUUCUUGAACACGGAGACUCCUUUCCAGGGUGUUUAUCUGAAUGAAGGAGCUUUAUAUCUUCUGCAAGCCAUUCCCACCACGUGCUGUACUGGUAUGUAUCUCUUGGCAUUCCGAGCCCAGCCGAUUAUACCUUGUUGGAGAGCACACCUCUUCUGUUCUCCUGCCCAAGGAGUCUUGGCCUGGAUUUAAUGCAAACUGAAUUAAUGGGGGCCUGGCAUAGAGGUAAUGGGUGUUUGUGUACAAAGUCAGCUUGGCUGGGUGCUGCUUGGUCUGUUAGGGAUUGUAUGAAGUGUAUCAAGGUAGCUGUUCAUGUUACAAAGGCCGAUUGUUUGUUUUUCCUUUUGUUGUUUGUACAGUAUUGUCCCAUCAGAGCCUACAAGGCCAUUACACUGAUCUGUUUUCUGUUUUAAAUGAGAAAAGAUUAGCACUUUAUCGAGUCUUGUCUGCAGAGCUUGGCAUUGCUAAUUGUUGUCUAACACUAAGCUGUCUUUUGCUCCUUUUGUUAAACUGUGUAAUUUCCUGCCUAGGUCGCUGUGGGCCAAUCCGGCCUCGCUCGCUGAUGGGUGGCUGCCCAUCUGGCCGUCUUGUCAGCCUUCAGGAGGCUCAGGCACGGAGCCAGAGUCAAAGGGAAGCAGCUGAGAAACUGGGUGCAGAGAGGACAUCCCCAAGCAAACCGGAGCGGAUAUUGGAGAACAUUGAGGACAGGUCGGUUUCUCAUUUUAUGCGUGCUAUAUUGGCUACUUCUUAUCUCCAGGUUUUCACUGUCUGCCUCUAUUUAUCUCACUCGCAGGAAGCUGUCUCGUGGACGGAAGAAGUCGAGUGGAGGCAGCAGCUGGAGGACUUUCUUUGCUAUUGGAAAAAACUCGUCUCAACACAAAAAGUCUCGUCCUGGUGGUAUCCGGGACUCUGUAGCACGCCAAAGAAGUAAGUACAUACCUGCAUUUUGUCUUCUCCCUCCACACCCAUCUGUCUCUUUAAUUGCACACUCACUCUGUGCAUAUUGUCUCAUUAUAUUGCAUUCUCUCAUUCCCCCAACAGUCUCUGAAACAGUCACUCUGCGGUCUGCUAAAAGCGAGGAGUCUCUGUGCUCUCACACUAGUGGAACUGGUACGUGUCGUAGAGGAAAUUCGGUGACUCUCCAUGGGCCUGUCCCACUUUUUCUCAGCCAUUUUUUAUCUCUACCUCCAAACUAUAAAUACAAUGAUGUGUGAUUUCAGUUGCAAAAUGCAGGCUUUUUUAAUGUUUAUUUGUAGCAUUUUUCGUAUUUUCACAAACUAUUUCUGUGCGAUUACCAGCAGGGGGCACCCACCCACAGCUUCCCAUGACUGCAUUGUUUAUCAGAGCAGAGAUCCUGGCUUGGGCGAUUUGGGCAGAUGAAUCCGUCAACAUAGAUUGUAAAAAUUCUGUCAUUCUUUUAAUUUGCUCUAACGUCCUGCAGUCAGUGUAUAUCUGAAUCAAACAAAUAAAAGUAGUCCGUACUCAUUGUUUUAUUUUGUAAAUGUUGCUUUUUUUUUUAUUAGUAUUUUAUUAAUACAAUCUCACUUGGACAUCACAGCCUUUUUCUGGAAAGGCACAGAGAAGGCAUGUAACGGAACUUAGUGCACGUUUCUCAUUAUCCAGAACUGUACAUUUUAUUUUUUAUUUUUAUUUUUUUGAUAAUUUUAGUUUUUGCUUGUUUGUUUUAUUUUUUUAAAUCCCCUCUAUCAUUGGAAACUAAUUCUGAUAAACAUUAACCCCUUAAGGACCAAACUUCUGGAAUAAAAGGGAAUCAUGACAUGUCACACAUUUCAUGUGUCCUUAAGGGGUUAAAGCAAUCUAAACAUAAUUUAAUUCUACUAAAAGGAAGUAAAGUUUCUAUGAAAUGCCCUUUUUUAAAAUUCAGUGUUAUUUUGUUUUUUUCUCUUUUUGUCAUGCCGUUGUGUUGUGGUUUUCGUUCUAAUGCCUGUCUCAUUGUGUGCUUCUCACUGACAGGAUUUCAGCGACCCUCUCGCCUCCGACGCCCACGCUCUACAAGUGAUGGUCUCCCAUCUCGAAUUCCUCAUUGUCACUCAGUUGAGAGUUUGGGACCAUCUUCACCCUCUCCGCCAUGUGUGCCAUCUCCCCAAGGCUCUGCACGUCCGCAGUCGGCAUGGAUUGAAGAAGAUCUUGAUCUCUCUCCACCACUUCCUGACACAGAUGGUCUCGGAUUCGAUCCUCUCUCCUUCCGUCUCUCCUUCUCGGACCAUGAAGAGGUUCGCUCUCCUGGAACAAUUAAAGCCCAAGUGACGAAUCAGACUCCGUCUCGUUCCCUGCCCCGCAGACUGAGCCUAUCGCCCAUGGGAGGGUGUACUCCAUCUCCUACCCACAGCCCUCCAGAGCGUCUUGUGGCUGACAUGGAGUGCCCAGUCCCCCGUAGCCUUUCUCCUCCCCCACAAGUGCUAUCCUUGCUUUUGCAGUCCUGCCAGCUGAAUGAGACAGCCGUUCGAGACAUCAAAGGGAAGAUAAGUGGAGUCUCUGGUAAACAAGAUUCUCCUACAAGUGAGUAAAGCUUCACGAAUCACAUUUUAUUUUAGCAUUGUUUAGAUAUAAACUUUCUAUCUCUCUGCCGCAUUCCCCUCCACUCUCUCAAUUUGCUCUCCCCCCCCCCUCUCUGGUUUUUGUCCCCUCCCCCGGCUCUCUCUCUCUUUGCCCCACAUACUCUCUCUCGCUCCUGCUUUUUCCUUUGCUUGGUCAUUUGUAUUGGUUCCAUAGAAAGAGAGUAUUUUAAAGUCACAAUAUAAUCUAAGCUGUAAAGAAUGGUUCUGUACUGUUGGAUGUGAUGGAAAGCAGUGCCCAGGUCCUAUCACAGCUUCUCUAAGCCUCUUGUUCUUUACAGCAAUGAGUGAAAGUCUAUUUAUAAAUUGUAGAAGUAAUUAGAAUUUAUUUGCAAACGUAUAUUAUUUUCCAUCCAGGUCGGACAGUGUCUCCCAAGCAAUCUACCCAUCCUCCUUCCCUAUCCCUCCUCCGCCAGGUCCCUCCGCCUCCGCCUCCAAAAGACCCAGCGCGGCUCAUGGCCUUGAAGCUAGCAGAGAGUGCUCAACGGGCUCUGCAGUCUUCCAUGUCAACUGGCACCGUCCCAGCUAAACCAUCCCUGAGAUCUGGGCCCACUCACCCCGCAAUGUCUGUGUUUCGCCGUUCUCUGUCUAUGGAGUGUAGUGAGAUUACGCUAGCCAAGGAAGGACCUCUCUAUUCAGAACUGCGCCCUCCCACGCUGAUUCCCACCCAGCAUCGGCCCCUGAGGAAUCCUGCACACAGUACGCUGGUGAGGGGCAUAGUGUCUGUCUAUGCAUGAAGAUAACCCAUUCUUUUAAACUUAUUAAAAUAAAAACAAAAUAAAGAUUUUUAAAACUGCUGCAAAUCCAGCAGCUAUGCAGAUUCUUUACUGAGCUCUUCCUGCAAGCACUCUAAAUACACAGAAUACAUAUAUAUACAUAUAUAUAUAGUUUUAUCAUGAAUAUUGCUAGUGUAACCACAUAUGGUGGGAGCUGCGGAUCCAGUUAAUGCCCCAAGUGACCUGUUCAUUAGGUCGCCAUAUACUAAUUACUGCUCUGUAUAAUUAAUUGAUAAAUGUGGCCAGUGACAUUUUAAGUUGGCUUUUUCUCAAUACAUAGAUUUGUUUGCAUUCUGCCAGCAUUACGUGUAGACUGUUUUGAGUGUUUAAAUAUUAAGCAGCAAGAUUUAAUAUGUAAAGUUGCACCCGUGCCAGUGAUGGGCUCAGACCGUUCCAUCGCCAACGCCAUUCCAGAGAUUGGAGUACAUUCAUGCCACAAUCCGCCAUUCCGAUUAUUUCAGACAGGUUGGCAAGGUUUCCAGGUGCGAUACUGCUGAGAAAUCAGUCCCCCUCUGGCAGGGAAUCGCAUCACAAUUUAUUUGGCUAAAAAAUAAAUAAAUGGCCUUCACAUUAUCUUAGUUAACAUUGUGUUUAUCACUAUAUUAAAUCAGUUUAAUGUUUGUUCUAUUAACCUUCACUUCGACCCCACUAUCCAUGUUUUGAAUAGAAAUUCUUGCGUUUUGACCUUGUUUUGUGAUUAUUUGUAUGUUUCAUUUUUUCCAUUUCUCUGCAGGCUGCUGGAAACUCCCCAGCUGACCUCCGGAAGAUUACCCCAACGGUCGCCCCUCCAUCUCGAGUCCCCCGUCUUCACACCAGGUCAGGCAGCCUUCCUGUGCCUCCAAGCUUCUGUGCACCAAGGCCUCGACCACCAAAUUAUCGAUUCGUUGAGGAAGGGCCCAGACUGCCUCCCCAGCGCUCGGCACCACCAUGGCCAGAUCCUGAAGGUCUUUAUUAUGAGAUUCUGGGGGAUCCUCCUCACCUUGCACCCCUCAAUGCAUCCUAUGGACUUAUCCAGACACCCUGGUCAUGUGUUCAGUCUCCUCCAUCUCAUCCACAUCCUGCACCUCCACCGGGCCUUGGUGGCUGGUAUGGAACAGCCCUUCCUUCUGACCCAGAACUUUUCUGCUACCAGAGGUGGGAUAGGGCACCCCCUGCACAACUGCGUCCAUACUUUGUGGGAGGAGGGGUCAGAUAUCAAUAUGUGGGGACUCCUGAAAGCAGAGGACAAGUGGGUUUUCCAGAAAAAAACUCCCGUCUUCUCCCAACAGGUAGAAGGGAAGAACCAAUAUAUAUGAACCUUCCUCCCAAGAGUGAAAUGGGAGGAAACUAUCCCGGACCCAGGGACUCUACAGAUUUGAAACCUGACCUGCCACAUAAACAGCGCCCUGGCCAGCCUCCACCACCUGGACGACAAGAAGGUUUUGGAGGCCCACCACCCAUUCACACGCAGCAGCAGCAACAUUCACACCCACUCCGUCGGGAAGGUUCAUUAAACUUUUUUCGCCCGCCUCAAACAGCCAUGUGGGGGACUCAGCCUAAAUUCCCUGAAGGUAGAGAGACCCCUUUAAUUACAUAUGAGACUCCCCCAGGAGGAGGCCAAAGAAUGGCCUACAUGCCCCCUCACUGCCUGCUCUCAGAGGGGGGCACUGUGUAUGGGAACCUGGAGCAGAGUGGGACGCAGCACAGAUCCCCCACACCAGUAGGACCGCCUGGAAUUCUGGGGCCUGCCUGGACAGUGCACUCAGAGGGCCAAACAAGGAGUUAUUGUUGAAGGAGGUUCUGAUAGAAAUAAUCAAGUUCCAAACUAACUCCAGCAAUGUGCAGCUCUGGCCGUGGUGUUAUGUCAAUGUGCUGGCAUUGGUUCAAUUGUUAGACGCCCGCUGUCCUGCCAGUGCGUCGGCUUUUUGAAGCAAAGUUUAAUCAUUGAUAAAAGCUCUGGUGAUUGUGCUGGGCAUUAAGAUAAACUAACUUUUUUUUUUUUUUAAAGUUUUCUGUCACUUUAACCCCUUUGACAGCCAGCCUCCUACAGAUUGCAGUUCUUUGCAGUCUCUCCAGAUAUUGUAAAUGUUUUUAAAAUGAGCUAAUUACAGUUUUGAUAACUAGCAUUGUGGGUAGAAAUUGGCUGAAACACAGAACUGAUUCCACAUCCCUUAUGGUUUUUAAUUUUACAAGCCUGAUAUUCUAUCUCCUGCUUAGCAUUGGGUAUUUGGUUAUGUCGUUGUCAUUGCAGAGCGCGGUAAUGCCAUCGUGGGACCAUCGCUCAUCGAUAUCGCGGAUUGGGUGUAAGCAGAUCUUUCUUUUAGCACAGAAUCAGACUACUUCUACACUGCAGCCUUUUCCAAUCCUUCGUCACAGCAAAUCUUUUAGCUUUCAUUACUCAUUGUUUUAAUUAAUUAGAAGGCAUUUUAUAAAGGAAUUAUUUUUGUGGGUUCUCAUUUCCAAAGACAUACAGAGCUAUUCACUAUGGUGAGAAUUCAAAGUGAAUUUCAAAUGUGAGGCCCAGGUAGCCGAACAUAGCAUAGCUGAAUUGGAGAAGGUUUUCAAUUUGGCUUUUUUACCUUAAAUGUGAAAUUCACUUUGAAUUCACACGUUGGUGCAUAACCCAGAUAGAGGUUUAUUCAGUGACUGUAAAUUAUGGAUAAUUGACAGAAUUAACGGAAUUGCAGAUAUUAAACCAUAAAUGGCCGAUUUGGAGUAGAUUAACAGUUUGGAAAUUUUUACUUUUUACAAUUUUAGUUCUGUUGUCAGCACUUCACAAUCUUUAGCUACUAAACCCCUUAAAGGACCACUAUAGUGCCAGGAAAACAAACUCUUUUUUUUUUUUCCUGGCACUAUAGUGCCCUUAGGGUGCCCCCACCGGACUGAAGGGGGUUAAACUCUCACCUUUCUCCAGCGCCGGGCUCCCUUGGCGCUGGGGACUCUCCUCCUCUAUCGGUCGUCAUCGGCUGAAUGCGCAAGCGUGGCCGCACGCAUAUUCAGCCAGUCUAUAGGAAAAUCACAGUGAGAAGCGCCUCUAGCGGCUGUCAAUGAGACCGCCACUAGGGGCUGUAUUAACCCAUAUGUAACUGCUAUGUUUACAGCAGGCAGGGUUAAUCCUAGAUGGACCUGGCACCCAGACCCCUACAUUGAGCCUAUAGUGGUCCUUUAACUGCUUAAGGACACAUGACAUGUGUGACAUGUCAUGAUUCCCUUUUAUUCCAGAGGUUUGGUCCUUAAGGAGUUAAGUUGUUUUAAAGGGAUGAUAUACACACCUAAAGCAGCUUAUCUCGUUGAAUGCUUUAUCGGUGACGAGUAUGUCUUUUUUUUAUUUUACAAAAUAAAAGUGUGUAAAAAAAAAAAAAGUGUGGAUUUAAAUAGAAAGUGGCACUUUUACAAAUAAACCGUGUUACACCUUCCUGGCUGUCAAUCAGAUAACUGGUCCUGUUACUUCCUGGUUUGGUUAGCUGAGUGGAGAUAAACUUGAGGCAGCAAUUGCCCAGAGCACCUGCCUUGCAAAGACUUCCCAUUAAGCUGCUUUGGGAAGUCUGUGAUUUGACAGCCACAGAAAGUCUGGGUGGGGUUGGAAGGGGAGGGCUUACAGACAAGAGAUCUGCAGCUUUUACAAACUGUUUUUAAAUAUACCCAAAUGAAAAAAAUGCAUAAUUAAAUAAAAAAAAUGGGUUGUUUGUUUUUGUAUUUGGGCAGUGGAGUAUAAGAAUAUAAUCUGGUGAUGAAUUUGAACACAUUUUGUUACCAUUUGGAUCAAUUUGAUUAGGAUUAAGAUUAUAUCAGCCACCAGAAUUAUUAGAAUGAGGAGUUAUAGAUUUAAAUGCAGACAGUACUUAUUCUCUCAAAGAUCUGCAUGUUUAGCAAUUUUUUUAAAGCAGCGAUGGACACUGAUUUAUCUUCUUAAAAUCCUUUAUUUCCCAUUAUUUUAAUCUUUUAAAGCAGUAUGUGCUGUUGCUUAGCAACAUGUAAAUACCAUGCAGCCGGUCUCUGUAUAUGUAUUUAUGGUUUUUACUAAAAGUUGUUCAUUUUAGCUGUUAGUCACAGGUUAUUUGUUCAUUCUGGCUAUUAGUCACAGGCUCCUGGUUAUUAUAUUGUUUCUCUGCUUUGCCUGCCUGGUGUUGGCAGUAGGAUAAUCUGAGUUUUGGACAGGGAAUAGAUUCUUUUUGUGCUGUCUUCCACGUUGCUGAUGAUAAACAGUCCCCAGAUGUCUCGGCCAGUAGAGACCUGCCUGUUUGCAAUUGCGGGGAUCUCGUCCUCGUGUGGGCAGAAAUGCAUAUGAGAUUAUGCUGUGCCCCUUAGAGAGGUCCACAAAGUGCUCUCCUUAAUGGGUUUUGGGUUAAUUUGUUAACGUAAUGGGCCAGACACUUAGUGAUUGCGAGGGGCUCUGCCAGCACUUCGGCAAAUAAACCAAUUAGUGAGAGAGAGACGAGGUUUGCAAAUCCCUUCACCUCUCGAGGUGCUGAUUCUGCUCCAGCCAGCUCAGCAGAUCAUUGCACCAUUCAAGGGGUCCGCACCUGCUGAGCGUUACUCUGAAUGGAUAGAAAUAUGCAGGGAAUUAGUAAAAUCUAGAGCUUUUUCUUUUAAAAGCAAAGUGACUAAAAUAGGCCACUCUCUUUUUAUGUCCCCCCCUCCCCUGUUUUCCUAAAUUUUUCCUGAGUUCAAUCACAUUCAUCAUUAUCCAUCCGUUACAUCAUACCCAUGAAUUACAGCUGGUUUCAGAGAUUGUGUGGCUGGUGCCAACCCAAACGGGGCAGAGCCUGCACUCUCCCACAGUAACUGGCCUGAUAGGCAAUAUCUGCUACUCAGGACCCAGACCUCUGCCUUGGUGUCAGACCAGCACUCAGCCGGCAUUGGGCAGAUUCCCCAUUGAUUAAAUACUCGGGCCCCAAAGAAUGGAUACUGAAUUGCUGCUGACUACAAAUGCAGGAUUACAUGUUGACAGCCUGAGGAACAAAAUACAGGUAUCGCAGGUAGGGCAUCGGCUCUGUAAUGAUAGAUGGACAAAUAGAGCGUCUUUGGAUUGGUGAACAACAGAGGAAGAGGACUGUAUGCAGAAUUCAUAUGCUUCCUGGGGGAACACACCAAUCAAUAGAGUUUCCAUGGUCUCCUAUAUUGAUUGACUGAGAUUGCCUUUGAAUUCCACAUCCCACAGCACAGCCGUUUCCGUGUGCUGCCCAGCAACGUUAUUAUUUAAUUUAUAUAGCGCCAGCAAAUUCCGUAGCGCUGUACAAUACAUAAACAAGUUCUAUUUGUCCAGGAAAACAUGUCGGCUCUGGAACCCCUAACUGGAAAGGCACCUAAUGCUCCAUGAGAUAGAAUAUCACAACCCGCUACUUCCUCUAAAAUUAGUGUCUAUGCAACCAUUUCCAAUGAAACUUUAAAAGAAAAAAAGUUAAAUUUUUGGUAUCAUCUUUUGUAAAAAGGUGGCAUUCUGACACGUUACAUACUGUGAUCUCUGCACGAUGUUUACCUUCACACCUUCCUUUAACCCAGAUCACAGCCAUUUUAUAAACUGAUUGCCCCUUUUAUUUGUUGUUUAAUGCUUUCUUUUUUCAGAAUUUCUAAAAUUGGGCUUUCAGUUCUUGCAAUCCCUGUAACUCCCAUUGCUCUGUGUGACCUGUAAACCACACACCAUGUCGAUUGUUUUUAAAUUAUGUCAAAUACUGUGAGACCCCGUGAUACAGGGUGCUCCGGAUUGGGGGGGGGUCUUUGAAUAUUGUUAAAGAAGGGGAUCACGUAUGAAAUGUUGCAUUUGAUCUGCGUUCACUGUUUGCUCGCUGUUUACACGCACAAUGCCGGUCAGAUGGCAGAGUGUACUGUAUUUACUGUAGUGGAUUAUUGUGACGAGGAAUGCUGUCUGCUGUUUGUGGCUUUAACCCCUUAAGGACACGUGGCAUGUCAUGAUUCCCUUUUAUUCCAGAAGUUUGGUCCUUAAGGGGUAAAACACUGCAACUAGCAUUCAUGUAACCCAAAAGGUAAUCAGGAUUAGUCCGGCCGGGGGACUUUCGAAACGAAUGGAGGCCAUCACAAGCAGCUAGUGAUUUGAUCUCUGAUCCUUCCAAAAAUAUAAUUCUAUAAUUUACAAGGCCUAACUAGGGAUCCCUAAUGGGAUUUAUUCACUAAACAAGGAAUUAUGCAAUUACAACUUUCAGGCUAAAAUAGUCAAACUGGAAUAAUAGUUAAAUUUGAGAAUGACAUGAUCAAUAUGCCCCUCCCCCAUCUCACAUGUGUAUAUAUAUUAAUAUUUCUGCAUAAAUGUAGGCUGGUAGAUUCAGGAUUUACUAAGCUAUGAGCCAUGGCUCAGCGAGUGUUUACCGCUUUGUGGUGGGCGGUAUUUAACGGGUUAAUACGUUGGGAGAGUCUCUGGUCAUGCUCACCCAGAAAGCCCCCAUGUCCAUGGCCAGUCUUCAGCUCGACAUAUCGUCUGUUACACGUCCUGAAAGAUGUGAAACUAAUGAUGGACAUGCCACUGUCCCUGUAUAUAGUGUAUAAUUUAUAUAUAUGUAUAUUAACCUCUUUCUUCUGGAGGGGUCUGAAAUCUUUGUUUGGGGUAAUUUAUCAGGAUUUAACCCUGUUUUUUGGUGGGGGUUGUCUUUUUACGCUAAAAGUAUUAAAAAGGUUCCCUGGUGCUGUUUGGAUCUGAUUAACAUGAGUGAUAUCUUGGUAACACUUCUCCCCCAUCUGCACAAAAAUAAAAUGUCUCUCUGGAUACUUCACCGCGUGUGCGUUAUUUCUUUACUGACUUGGAAUCUACCUUAAACCAGAUUAACUGCUCUGAGAGAGGGUGGGGGGUGUUCAAAAGGUCAACGCGUACUGAAUAAAUAUCAAUAUCGCUCCCUGGGUUAAUGCUGUAUUUUACACGUAAACAGGUAUUUAUUGAUAGAGAAAGAAAACAAGAACAAUCUCUAAAGGAAUGGAGUCUCUCCGCAUUCC